CACACAGAGAGACAGUGCAGCCAGCAGGAGAUUCACAGACAGCAAAAUAUAGUGAGUGCUGGAGAAAGUAUUGAGACAGCAAAGGACAGUGCCUGCAAUUAUAACAGAGAGCAAAACAUAGAGACUGCAGGAAAAAUAUAACAGACAGUAAAACAGAGACUGCAGGAAAAAAAUAUAACAGACAGCAAAACAGAGACUGCAGGAAAAAAAUAUAACAGACAGCAAAACAGAGACUGCAGGAGAAAUUAUAUUGGAGACAGCAAAACAUAAAGGUUGCAGGAGAAAUUAUCACAGAGACGGGAAAACAGACUGCAGGGACAAUUAUAACAGAGACUGCAAAACACAGUGACUGCAUCAGUGACUGCAGGAGACAGCAUCAGAGACUGCAAAACACAGUGACUGCAGGAGACAGCAUCAGAGACAGCAUCAGAGACUGCAAAACACAGUGACUGCAGGAGACAGCAUCAGAGACUGCAAAACACAGUGACUGCAGGAGACAGCAUCAGAGACUGCAAAACACAGUGACUGCAGGAGACAGCAUCAGAGACUGCAAAACACAGUGACUGCAGGAGACAGCAUCAGAGACUGCAAAACACAGUGACUGCAGGAGACAGCAUCAGAGACUGCAAAACACAGUGACUGCAGGAGACAGCAUCAGAGACUGCAAAACACAGUGACUGCAGGAGACAGCAUCAGAGACUGCAAAACACAGUGACUGCAGGAGACAGCAGAGUGUGAAGAAGAGACAGCCAAGUGAAUGCUGAGACAUUUGGACAUGCAAUAACCGCACAGUGGGGAGAUUUCGGUAAAUAAGAGACUGCACAAUAACAGGCUGUAAAUCAGAGUGAGAUUAGACAGCAGAGAGACAUGCAGGGUACAGAGGUGGAGACAGAGAAGCUGGGAGGGGGGAAAUAAAAUAAGAGACUGCAAGAGACCUCCGAGCAUGUGCAGAGAAUCCAGCAAGAGACCGCUAGGCUAGAGCAGUCAGUACAGAGAGCACUUGCUGGAGAGACACGAGGUUUGUGUAGAGUGCACUCAGCAGGGAGCAGUCAGGGAGGGAGAUCAAAGCACUCAGCAAUGUGACCGGGAGUGUGCACUGGAAGAGACGCCCUGUGAUGAUCAUAACCUGUGGGAUCUCAGUAAGAGACAGCCUGGAUCCUGCGAGCUCCUGCAGGGAGCCUGGAGCCAUGGGAGGCCGGGAUCAAGGAGGAGUGAGACUGCUGCUGGGAUCACUGAUACUUCUCCUGUGUGCACCAGGUAAGGAGAGAAUGGCUUUUCUCAGCACCUCUAGGACUAAACAUACUGUGCUCAGCACCUAUAGGACUAAACAUACUGUGCUCAACACCUCUAGGACUAAACAUACUGUGCUCAGCACCUCUAGGACUAAACAUACUGUGCUCAGCACCUAUAGGACUAAACAUACUGUGCUCAACACCUCUAGGACUAAACAUACUGUGCUCAGCACCUAUAGGACUAACCAUACUGCGCUCAGCACCUCUAGGACUAACCAUACUGCGCUCAGCACCUAUAGGACUAAACAUACUGUGCUCAACACCUCUAGGACUAAACAUACUGUGCUCAACACCUCUAGGACUAAACAUACUGUGCUCAACACCUCUAGGACUAAACAUACUGUGCUCAGCACCUCUAGGACUAACCAUACUGUGCUCAGCACCUCUAGGAUUAACCAUACUGCGCUCAGCACCUCUAGGACUAACCAUACUGUACUCAGCACCUCUAGGAUUAACCAUACUGUGCUCAGCACCUCUAGGAUUAACCAUACUGUGCUCAGCACCUCUAGGACUAACCAUACUGCGCUCAGCACCUCUAGGACUAAACAUACUGUGCUCAGCACCUAUAGGACUAAACAUACUGCGCUCAACACCUCUAGGACUAAACAUACUGUGCUCAGCACCUAUAGGACUAAACAUACUGUGCUCAGCACCUCUAGGACUAAACAUACUGUGCUCAGCACCUCUAGGACUAACCAUACUGCGCUCAGCACCUCUAGGACUAACCAUACUGCGCUCAGCACCUCUAGGACUAACCAUACUGCGCUCAGCACCUCUAGGACUAACCAUACUGCGCUCAGCACCUCUAGGACUAAACAUACUGUGCUCAGCACCUCUAGGACUAAACAUACUGCGCUCAACACCUCUAGGACUAAACAUACUGUGCUCAACACCUCUAGGACUAAACAUACUGUGCUCAACACCUCUAGGACUAAACAUACUGUGCUCAACACCUCUAGGACUAAACAUACUGUGCUCAGCACCUCUAGGACUAACCAAACUGCGCUCAGCACCUCUAGGACUAACCAAACUGCGCUCAGCACCUCUAGGACUAACCAAACUGCGCUCAGCACUUCUAGGACUAACCAAACUGCGCUCAGCACUUCUAGGACUAACCAUACUGCGCUCAGCACUUCUAGGACUAACCAAACUGCGCUCAGCACCUCUAGGACUAACCAAACUGCGCUCAGCACCUCUAGGACUAACCAAACUGCGCUCAGCACCUCUAGGACUAACCAAACUGCGCUCAGCACUUCUAGGACUAACCAAACUGCGCUCAGCACUUCUAGGACUAACCAUACUGCGCUCAGCACUUCUAGGACUAACCAUACUGCGCUCAGCACCUCUAGGACUAACCAAACUGCGCUCAGCACCUCUAGGACUAACCAAACUGCGCUCAGCACCUCUAGGACUAACCAAACUGCGCUCAGCACCUCUAGGACUAACCAUACUGUGUAUAGUACUCAGCACCUCUAGCACUAGCCCUACUGUGUAUAGUACUCAGCACCUCUAGCACUAUUCUACUGUGUAUAGUACUCAGCACCUCUAGCUUUACUGUGUAUAGUACUGAGCACCUCUAGCUUUACUGUGUAUAGUACUGAGCACCUCUAGCUUUACUGUGUAUAGUACUGAGCACCUCUAGCACUACUGUGUAUAGUACUGAGCACCUCUAGCACUACUGUGUAUAGUACUGAGCACCUCUAGCACUACUGUGUAUAGUACUGAGCACCUCUAGCACUACUUGUGUAUAGUACUGAGCACCUCUAGCACUACUGUGUAUAGUACUCAGCACCUCUAGCACUACUGUGUAUAGUACUCAGCACCUCUAGCACUACUGUGUAUAGUACUCAGCACCUCUAGCACUAGCCGUAGUGACUGUUUAAUUCAUCUGUAUGAUUAGCCCUUACUGUAUUCUGGGUCUCAAGGUCUAGCACAGGGGUAGGCAACCAUUGAUGUUAUACUCUUACAGCAUUAGAGGGAUGUAGCUCACAAUAUCUGGAGUGCCAAAGGAUGCCUACACCUGGUCUAGCACUUACUGUAGCAAUGGCUAAAAGAGUAUGUACUGCCUCCUGUGCUACCCCUUACUGCGGCACCUAGUGCCUCCUGUGCUACCCCUUACUGCGGCACCUAGUGCCUCCUGUGCUACCCCUUACUGCGGCACCUAGUGCCUCCUGUGCUACCCCUUACUGCGGCACCUAGUGCCUCCUGUGCUACCCCUUACUGCGGCACCUAGUGCCUCCUGUGCUUCCCCUUACUGCGGCACCUUGUGCCUCCUGUGCUUCCCCUUACUGCGGCACCUAGUGCCUCCUGUGCUUCCCCUUACUGCGGCACCUAGUGCCUCCUGUGCUUCCCCUUACUGCGGCACCUAGUGCCUCCUGUGCUUCCCCUUACUGCGGCACCUAGUGCCUCCUGUGCUUCCCCUUACUGCGGCACCUAGUGCCUCCUGUGCUUCCCCUUACUGCGGCACCUAGAGCCUCCUGUGCUACCCCUUACUGCGGCACCUAGUGCCUCCUCCUUACUGCUUUGCACUGACUGCUUCUUCCUCCAGUAUCAAAAAUCCAUUCUGUCCUCCUUCACUAAGCCGAUCUCUCAUUGUUUUCUGCGUGUUAUUUUUUUCAUUUUUUUUGUUUGUUUUUGGAACGUGCAUUGUUGACCCUUGAAUUCCAUAUUUACGAACGAUAAACAGCUUUAUGAUUGUACCUGCUUGAAUUGUUUGUGACGUUAGGACUGACUCCAUGAUUGUGCAGUUUUUGCUGUACACCCCUCAUCUGUGUUACCAAAAUGCAGUCCUUGGUAUAGUCUGAUUGCAUCUGCUAAUUCCUUCUCAGAGCCCUCUGGAAUGUUCAGCUCUAUAUUUGCAGUAUGUGAUGUAUCUGCUGGGAGCUACAAACUAUUUUAGACCUGAUCAUACCAGGUGCGGGUAACCUUUGUUAUUAGAAGGAGCUUUGCGGAAUAUAAAAAUGUAGUGCUGGUAUCUCCAGUGUCAUUCUGUAUUGUAGAGAAUUACUGAAAACAUAUGAAGAGGUAGUCCAAAGCAAAAUACAUAAAUCUUCCUCCCAGGAAAUAUGGCAGGGGCUGGUAUUACAAGCCCACAUAAUGCACAAAAAUUAAUGAAAAAUUUACGUAAAAAGUUCUCUAAAACCCAAAUUAUAGUAAAUCUCAAAUUUUAGUGGGGGUUUUGCAAUUCAGUUUCCAGUACAACUUGUUGUUCAGUGAAUAAACCUUUUUGUGUCCCCAACAGGCUGAUAUUGUGACAUUGUGUGUUUUUUUUUGUGUAAUGCAACAUCAACAUAAUAUAUCCCUCUGAAUGGAAUCUUUAGUUCCUUGAAUAGGGAGCCGUUAUCUGUAUUUAUUCUGGAGUGUUUGAUAAUGGAAGCGGGGACCAAGGAUUUAAAGUGUGUUCAAAGGAUCUGGGGAAAUAUACAGCAGGGACUGCGGGCAGGAAACAAGGAGAGGAUGUGAAAUUAAAAAACCCAGAUCAAAGCUGCACCAAUGAACAAGCAUUUUGCAUUUGUGUAAAACGGAUUUGCACCCGCUAUUGUUAUUAAUUUUGUCAUUCAUAUAGCGCCAACUUAUUCCGCAGCGUUUUACAAUAUUAUCUAGGAAUCAUGCUGUUCUGAGAGAUCUUAGAGUCAGACCCCCUUCUAUCAAGGGUCAUCUAAGGCCAAGGAUGAGAAAUGCACAGCCUCUUGCUUUUGGAUUACAACUAACAUUGCUAUCUGCAAGGCGCUAGCUAAGAAAUGAAAGAAUCUCUGAUUUCUGUUCUAAUAGGGAUACAGUGAUCCCUAAUAUAAAACUUAACUUUGUGGCAUUAGUGAAUUCUAGACACACAACUCAUUGAAAUGACGAAUGUUAGCCUGAAUACACUCCGAACACAAAAGGUCUCGGAACAGUCUUCAAAGAUUCUUUACCUACUGAAGCAGAAAUUUAUUUUAUCCAAAUGCUCGGUUAAUGGGGGAUUAAUAUUCCUUCCUUAGAUUGAUGGCGUUUACAUUUUUUUCCGCUAGAGUGAUGAAUGGUCAGCCAUUAAUGGCUUGUGUUAUCCUUAUUUCACUUAGUUUUUAUUUUUUGUAGAUAAGACAUUUGAAGUAUAGCUUUCUCACGUCAUAACAUCAUGUUGUGGUGCCCAGAAUGAAAUGACUGUGCUUACUAAUAUUUCCAGUGGUGGUGACUCUCGCCACUCAAUGGCUGUAGUAUGCAGGUGUUCUGGACUGAACUGGCCUACCUUAUGUGUGCCAGCUAUUGAUGUUGUAGAGCAGAGGUGCCCAAAAGGUAGAUCCCCAGAUGUUUUAUAGCUUUCAUGAUGCAUUGUCAAUCUAAAUGCAUGCAAAGCAUUAUGGAAGUGGUAGUUCUACAUCUGUGGAUCUACCUUUUGGGCACCACUGUUGUAGAGGCUGCACCCAGUUCUUAAAUUAGUGGCAGGACAAUUUAAGACUCCAAUGUGGGUACAAUGAGACAUCUGUACGCUACGCUUUGCUCAGAUUUGUAGGGAUGACCGGCCAUGCUGAUGGCUGGGUUUGUAGUUUAGAUAAAAGUGGAUAUUGCAACAGUGACCUCAGUUAUUUGACAUGUGGUACCUUGUCAGUUUUAGGAUGGUAGAUUAACUCCCCCCCCCACCACCUAUGCUUUAAAGGCAAGAUUGGAACUUCAUGACUGUCUUGUGCAAAACAAGGCAUUAAUAUAGCGAAUAAAGAAACCAAACUCUGAAUUGCUGUCUUCAUUAUGCAUUUUAUCUAGAUUAAACUUUCAGACAGGGAUAAUUAACUGACAGGAAGUUGGAAAGAUAUCCCUCCUGUGAUGUUACCGUACAAAGCUUUCUGUUCAGUUGGAUGAAUUCACUCAAAAGAGCAAGUGUUUUCCUUGGAGAGAGAAAAAACAAACCGUAUCCAGCCCCCCCCCACAAUUUAUUUUAUGAUGAAAUUCUUUGGAAGAACUUGUUAAAAGUUAAACUCAUUCCAAGUCAGAAAUGACAGCAGAAGGAACAUGUGGUGUUGAUACAUGUGGGGUCCUUUGCAAGGAAACUUUGUUAGUUGUAUAUAGAUUUCCCUAUGGACAGUUGAACCGUAUUAUACUCUGCAUGACUUUCUGACCCAUAACAUUAAACUAAGUACUUGCGUGAAAUAUUGGAAGGCGUGAAGGAGGAGAAUAGUGCAAUAUGUAUCUGUCGUCAAGGUCAGGAUAGAUCAUUACACAGUGGGAAGGAAGGGUUUCCCAUCUAUAACCAGAUAGGGGCAUUUACUGCUGACCAAUAAAUACAUUUUGCUACAAAAAUCUAUCUGAAAACACAGAUUAUUACACCAUUAGAAAUUGAGAUUCCCCUGAAAUGUUUGACAAUAAUGUACUUAUCAACCUUAAUUCCGAUAAAGAAUUUCCCUAAAUUCUUAGAAUCUUGAAUAAAGAUUUCCCUUAAUCUCAGUUGGGCUUAUGUGUCAAAAUUAUUUGACUAAAUGUUUUAUUUUUCUAUAAAAAGGAACUAUUGCAACUUUUAAUUCUCAAAUGCGUUACUAUAUUUAUUUUCACACUUGUGACUCUUCUUACAGUCAGAAUGAUCAACAUAUUGAAUGUGGCAGUAGUGCACAAGUUUGUACCAGCCUCCUGCGAAACUUGCUGGUAAAUCAAACGUGUUUAACCUCUUAAGGACACAUGACAUGUGUGACAUGUCAUGAUUCCCUUUUAUUCCAUUAGUUUGGUCCUUAAGGGGUUAAGGGAGACGGGAAGCGGUUUUAUAUAGCGCCACAAAUUCAUCGUUAAUGGAGUAAGGAGUAAUGGAUAUACUAGAAUGUAGAUUAUCUGGCUAGAUUAUGAUUUAUUUUAAUAUUUAUUCAAAAGUUGUAGUUUAUUUAUUUUUUUUCACUUGAGUUAUGUACACAGCACAAAUGCUAUUUAGGGAAGAGUUCCUUCAUCCUUUGGUUUGCCAGGGGAACGAAGAAUCCACGUCUGUCUGGAAUUGUUUUUUGUAAUUUGAAAGAUGGAAAACAUAUAAUUUUACGUCGGAACAUAAGCUUUAGAUAACAGGGCCACAGAGAUUUUUUUUUUUUUUUUAAAUUUAAAAUCAAGACAAGAUACAUUCGUAGAUGAUACAAUUGGUAAAAAUCUGAAUGAAGUGUUGAGUAUAUCGAGGUGUCUGUCACAGAGUUUAGUUAUAUACAUGGCUGUCAGUUUCUGCUGUCUAAUUACACUGAUUCAUAAUAGAUGCAGCAUUUUUUAAGCAUAUUUAGUGUUGGUGCGAUGUGAAAAACCCCCUUUAAUUGACUCUGUUUAAGCUAAAAAUUCAGGGGAUUUCUAUUGGAUCCCAAGGGAAACUUCAGCAGGACCAUGUUUGGGAAAUUCAACAAGCAAUAUUCAAUUCAGAUGGAAAGCAGCCCAUUCACUUGUCCACUAAUUGGGUAUUCCUGAAUUCUGGAUGCCCUAAGGGUUAGGAAGAACGGAUGAAGUUGGGCUAAGGGAGUGCCAAAUCCAUACCAAGUAAUCCUUUUAUUGCCCGAGGGGGCUGCAAUAUGCCACAGAAUUGUGACACCUAAAUGGUUAAGACAACUUUUUUUUUUUUUUUUUUUUUUGUCACUUUAGCCUUUGAGAAUAAUUCUUCUUGAGCACAGAUGGUGUUCAGUCAUUGGACAUUGUUUUAUUUGUACUCACACUGGGAGAACUUUAUGUGUAAUGGGUCGCUUUAUGCAAUGCGAACAGUGGUUUUAAUUUUUUAUUUACAUUUUUUUCCCAGGGACCCUAAGAAUGCACAUGGUGUUCCCUAAGUGAACCCUUCUUCAAGCUUCAAUUAACAUAAAAUGAUUGUAACUAAACCUCUAAAAUACAAUUUUAUUCAGCAGACUUACUUGGUGUUAUCGGAGUUCUAGUGCGCACAUUUAUUCCUGGACUCAUUGUGUACAUUAUACAAAGUAUAAAAGGUCUAUUCUUUGCCUGUCCAUCUCAAAGUCAACAUCUUAAUCUGUGCUUUAAAAUGCAUUUAUCAAAGUUUAUGAUGGAGCCUGAAGUUUAGAGCAUUGCUGUAAAAAUUUAUAAGAGACUUUUUAUUUUGUUUUGUUUUUAUUGUAAGAAAAAAUUAGGCAAUGGUUAUUUAGUAAUGCCCUGAACUGCAAAGAAUGUUUGCUCAGUAUUACUUUUUAUUUUUAGAAUUUCAGCACUGUGCCUGGAUGAUUAGCCUUGUCAUCUUAAUCCUUUUUACCCAUUCCACCCCUUCACGGUUUAACCUCUGAAGUGCUGCUUUCUCUGUGUAAACCUCUGACCAGUGUAAUGGUAACUGAUCCUUCUUGACCAGGGUUUUGGGCCACAACACCCAUCAUCCUCAGCCAGCAUUAUAAUAUUAAUCAAGUAUUUCACAUGGUAAGCUUUUGACAAUAUUCAAGUACAUCUAAGGGUCUUGUCCAGCAAAGUGUGGUAUGUUCUAAGCAUCUGCUUCUAUAGAACUAUAUAACUGAUCACAAAUGCUUUUGUACUUUACGCCUGCAAUAGUGGUGUACUUUACUACUUGCAUAACUUCCAAGAAGCCAGCAACUGCUGGCUCCUAGUCUUAUUAUGAGGGUUACUUGUGCACCACUUUUGGGUAACUGGGGUGAGUUGCUUUAGGAUGUGGUUCUGCAGAUUCUCUCUUUUCUGGAUUACAAGGGACAACACGGACUAGUGUGGCUGCAGGAGAGUAUAAAUCUGUGCCACUGCAGCUACAGCUCACCAUGCUCGGAACCAUUUAAUCUCUCCUACCAUGGUGUGUUCACCCAGAGGGCAGCAAAGCUGCCUUAAAUUACCUCUGUAUUUCCUUUUAACAAAGUGGUGAAUACAUUUGAUGUGCUGAUAUCUCCUAACUCACUCAGUUCCAGCAGGACUGUAUGAAUUUGGGACCAUCUUGGUUCUGGGGACACCAGAAAUAAUGUCUUCCAAAAAUCUCUGCAUAAGAGCCCGUACCAAGGCUAGUGUUCUUCAGUGGUCUUUCGCACAUUAACCGUAUGUAGGCACUUCUGUCGCAUACAAAGUAUUGGACCCCAAACUCCACUGCCUUCCAUCCUGCUUUUAGGGAUUUGGUUCAACAAAAAAAAUAAAGAUAAACAUUGAGUUAUAUUCACUGUGACUUUCCAUGUUUUAAAAAAGUCACACCGUUUAUGUAUUUGUAUUUUAAUUUCAUUAUGUCAACUUAAGACAAUACCUUUUUAGAGAAUACUUAAUUAGGGAAAUAUUGAAGCAUCUCUCAUGUGGAUAAUUCACCCUAUUAAUGGCUCUAAUAAAUCACUAGAUUAUUAAGUAACAGUACAAAUGUUCUUUUGAAAUUCUUAUGGCUUCUAAUGUCACAGGAUUCCCUUAAGUAGUCAAGGACUUAAAGCAAUGUUUUAGAGGAAGGGUAGUCUAAAGACAUCGCUAACUGUAAUUAGAUGUGCUCUGUUUUUUGUUUGCAAUGUAAUUAUGGUACCAUCAUUAGUCAACCAGAAAUGUAAUUAGCUGAAAUACUUUGCAUUAAGUGCUCCCAACGUGAAGCGAUUUCAGAGUUGUUUUGAGACAUCUGUAGCGAAUACAGUUCUUUUAAGGUGACUGUAUGUUCAAAAGAAACCUUUUUAAUGUACCACAUUUAUUUUCUUUCAAAAUACAAAGUAAAUCAAAUCCGUUCUGUAAUUUGUGGAAUCAGAAAAUUGAAUCUGGGGAACAAAACAUGAUGGAAGUCCUAACUUCAAUCAAAAUCUAUUAUUUAAAAAAAAAAAAAAAAAAAUAGUUAUCAGGAGUGCUUCAUUUAAAUUCUGAGUUUAAUUACCUCUGAAGCCUUAGGAGACAUCCUCCGUUUACCAACACACCCUCCAGUUCUGGAGUUAUGUAUAGUUUAAGGUUUGUUUUAGAUGCCUGCUGAUAUUCGAGUAAGCUACAAAGCAUUAAGAUGUAUACUGGCAGAUGGGAAGUUGCACAUUUUUUUUAUGAUUUAUCAAGCAUGCAAGAUAUAAACGUCAGUUUACACACCCAAGGCAUAUACUUUGCAGAAUUCUAAUCACAACCUUGGGAGAAACGUCAAAGGAUGCCUAUUUACUGAGUGAUUCUGUGUCACACACCAAAAGAAAUAGAUGAAAUCCAAGCCAGGGACCGUUAACCUUUUACGGAGAUCACCUACAGUCGUGUUAAAAUCUCAAUCAAUGCGCCUUUUUUUUAGGAUGUAAACUACAGAGAAUGGUAAUGGGCUAACCCAAGGUUUCAGUUGUACUUCUCAUAGUAGUUGUUUGAAAGUCUCUUUUAAUAAAUUGAAAAGCGAAUUUUGCAAUAUUUUGUCAAAAAUAUCCAGUUAGAUGACUUUGAGAAUCUUUCCAAACCAGCUUUUGGUUUGAGGCAUCUUGAUACGUUACAGUAUGUUUCGACUUUAUGGGGAAUUCUCAUGUUAUUGAGGGAGCAAUGCAGACCGGAAGCUGGCAGAAAGGGCAUUAAAGGAACACUAUAGGGUCAGGAAUACAAACCUGUAUUCUUGGCCCUAUAGUGUUAAAACCACCAUCUAGCCCUUUUGCUCACCUUAAAGGACCACUAUAGGCACCCAGACCACUUCAGCUUAAUGAAGUGGUCUGGGUGCCAGGUCCAGCUAGGAUUAACACUUUCUUCUACAAACAUAGCAGUUUCAGAGAAACUGCUAUGUUUACAAAUGGGUUAAUCCAGCCUCUAGUGGCUGUCUCAUUGACGGCCGCUAGAGGCGCUUCCGCGCUUCUCACUGUGCUUUUCACAGUGAGAAGAAGCCAGCGUCCAUAGGAAAGCAUUGAGAAUGCUUUCCUAUGGACUGGCUGAAUGCGUGUGUGGCUUGUGCCGCGCAUGCGCAUUCAGCCGAUGAGGAGAGUCCCCCGCCCGGCGCUGGAGAAAGAGGUACAUUUAACCCCUUCCACCCCCUAGAGUCCGGCGGGAGGGGGACACUGAGGGUGUGGACAACCUCAGGGCUCUAUAGUGCCAGCAAAACAAGUGUUUUCCUGGCACUAUAGUGGUCCUUUAAUACUGUAAAAUCUUACUUGUAUUUAAGUCUGCAGCUACUGUCUGCUUGGCUGACAUAAUCAGAAGUGGUGUUCUGAGCCAAUCACAAUGCUUUCCUAUAGGACUGGCUGAGACGGUCAAGGAGGCAGGUCAGGGGCAGAGCCAGCACAAUUCAAUCAGCAUUGAAUCACUGCAUCUCUAUGAGGACAGUUCAGUGUCUCCAUGCAGUGGGUUGAGACACUGAAUGUCAGUCACACUGUGCAGCACUGCCUCAGGAAGCACCCCUAGCAGCCAUCUGAGGAGUGGCCAGUGGAUGUAUCCCUUUUCUCUGAAAACACACUGUUUACUGCAAAAAGACUGAAGGGAAUGAUUAUACUCACCAGAACAAAUACAUUGAGCUGUAGUUGCUCUAGUGAUUGUGUCCCUUUAACCCCUUAAGUACCAAACUUCUGGAAUAAAAGGGAAUCAUGACAUGUCACACGUCAUGUGUCCUUAAGGGGUUAAAUAUGUUUUAAAAAGAAAUAAUAUAAAUUUUUACAUUUAAAAAGAUAAUUGGUCAUAGUUCCUGGAGUACCCUGGCACUAUCCCUUUUGUUCAUUGAAUAUACUCUGCCUUAACAAAUUCAUAUUAGCAACAGGCGGUUGUAAUGAACUGAACGCGGUCAGCUGACACGCUCAGCCAAUCACUGCUGCUUGUUGCUGGUGAGGAUAAUGCGGGGCUGGGCUGAUGGCUGCUGGGGACUCUCAUUUAGUGUUAAAACCAUUCAAAAACAGGUAUCCAAUGAAUGAAAGGACAACCUAAAUGAGGUAUCCCUUUAAAGAACAACCAUAGGCACCCAGGUCACUUCAUAUCAAUGAAGUGGUCUGGUUGCAGUUGCCCUGUCGGUCCAGCCCUGGAAUGUAAAACAUUGCAGUUUUUUGUAGAUACAGCAAUGUUUUUAUCUCAGGGCUAAACCGCAGACAGACAUGAGAGUUCCUCUGAUGCAAAUACAGAGACACAGUUAUGUGAUGUUCAGUGUCCUCACCCAUUGCAUGAUGUCGCAGGUCUUCAAAUCCUGAUUAUCCCUAUGAGAAGCCUUUGAAUGGGCAAGAGCGACGUGUUCCUAGUCCCCAAUGCUUCUCUAUAAGAAGUAUUUGACUUGAAUAAGAAGACUAAGAGGAGGCUGUUUGCAGGACAUCGUCACCAAAAGUGGGGCACGUGGCUGCACGGAGUGAGCCAAGGUGCUGAAAAAAGGCAAGUAGAACCCUUUUGUCCCCUUAUUUAAUUUCAUUUAGGAGGGCCCUAAUUGUAAAUGGUGAGUAGAACAGUAUAUUGGGAAUAUGGGAAUGAGGGAAUGUUUGUAUUCCUAACAUUAGUGUCCCUUUAAGCACUUGGCAACAAUUGCGUUUUUGAAAUGAUGAAUGGAGCUGAUACCUUAGCUGAUAGCAGCUCUGGCUGUUUCACACUGAUGUGAAUAAUACUCAUAUAUGUGAAUAUGAAUGCGCUUUACUGAAACUUGGUCUCCUUCACACUGAGCUGUAUGGGGAGGUAGGGAUUUGACAAGAGAAAAAAAAAGAAGGUAUAGCAUCCUCAUUUGAUGUCAGGCACUAUAGUCUUAUAGCUAUAGUGGUUUAAAAAAAAAAUGUAUUUAAAAUUCUUUCCUAUUGCUGCUGUUAUAAGCUUCUACUUGCAGAGAGACUGGAAAUGGGCGCAUACGUUACGGUGGUUGUUGUUCCAUUAAAAUGCCUGUUAUUUGCACUUUCCCAUGUGGGCUUGAUUGACUCUCAAUGAACAGUAGGCCCUAGUUUUUAAAACCUGUAUUGCUGCUAUAUUCUGAGUAUUUUAAAUGCGUUGCUAUAAGUGUAUAGUUCAAAACAUUUUAAAUGGCUAAAAGGUUAGUUUUGCUGUGAGGAGGUUUGGUUACUGGGUCAUAUAUUUAGUUUAUUGAAUAAUGUAUUGGUAGAUACUUUGACAAGUCAUAAAAAACAAACAAAAAAAGUAUAUUUAAACAAACUGGAAUGAUUGAGAAAAACAUUACUGAAUUAUGUUUCAUUAGACUGAGUUAUGGGAUACACUGGUAAACAAUUGUUCAGAGACCAGGUAUUAAAAAAUAAGAUCCAUUUAUAGGAUUUUUAUCAGAAAAGAUGGUUGUAUUUACAGAAAAGGGAAACUGUUGUGAGCUGCGCCCAUUGAUGUAUAAGAUGUGGUACUUUUAUGUAUCUUCAAAAUAAUAAUACGCAGAUAUUUAACUGCGUAUCAAUUGAUAGCGAAAGCACGGAGCCCCUUUUAAUUGUCCACCUUAAUCUCUGCAAUACACAAUGUAUCUAUGAGAGAAAUAUUAAAGCACUCUUUCCCAUGUAAAGCUAUCCAAUGGGCCAGGUAUAUGAGAGAGGUGGUGUGCCCACUACCCCUAUACACUGUCCUCCAAAAUCUUACCGGUUCUGGCAACUGCCUAAGAAGACAGAGUUGCUUCACCUCGUGCACAGAAAUUCUAAAUGCUCAAACUGUUUAUAUGUGUCACAUGUUUAUUACGUGUGUGUGUGUUCUAUGCAAUAACAUGACACUCCUUGAGACAAUGUGACAAGGAACCUGAAGGGACAGGAUAUUUAUAUGUAAUGCAAUAUGGAAUGUGAGAUAUUCUGUAUUGUCGUAAAAAGUGUGCGCUGUAUUGAUGGGACUAUCACACCCCCUUUUUGCCCCUCUUUCUUUUUUGUACCCUCUUCCCUAACAAAUUAAACAUUCAAUAAUAAUUUUCAAAUGGGUGGGGUAGGUGGGAAAUGAUGAAACAUAUUUUUAAAAUAAAAAGCAAUAGAACACGUUGACCCGAUAAUUCCCCCUUAAUUGUAAUUAGUUGAGUCACCCCCCCACCCCCCCAAUACUUGUUCUAGUUAUGAUGGUAGUAUUGUUUUUGUUUUGUUUCUGAGGUUUUUUUAACCCAUUUUAUUUUUGCGUUGUUGAAUUUAAAACAUUUUUUGCACUUAAUAAUGGAAUUUUGUGACAGUCACCCGCCCCAAACCAUCCUUCCCUGCCACAAUAAACACUUAUGGGCCUUAAUUACCGGAACACCAGUGGGUCCAUUAAGAAUAGUCUUGUAAGGAUGCAGAGAAAUAAAUUCACGUAGCUCCCUGAAGAAAUGUCACCGGUGACAUGCCACUCUCUUGGGGAAAGUUAAAAUUAGAUUUUGCGAGGACAAAGAUUGGGAAUGGCCCAGCACAGGUGGCGACUACAUCCAAAUAAAAAGGAUUUCACGCCCUGGGAAGUUGAAGAGCGCAGUGACCAAAUGGUGGGGGAUGGGAUUCAGGAAUGCAGUUAAAGGGCUUGGGAUGGGGUGACGGACAUUCUAAUUUUGAGUAGACAGACUGUCUUCCCCUGCCAGUGUUAACCAAACUGGAAAUAAUGCCAAGCACAAUAAUUGUUGCUGAACAACAGACUCAACCGCAGUGUAUGAUAACGUUCUUGAAGAUCAGUGAAAUAUUUGACCGUGUGGGAUCCUGACCCAGACAUCCCCAGACAUCCGACAUUGAGUUGCAUGCUUAUAGUUUAGAGAAUAUUCAUAGUGUGUGUUAACUCUCUCCUGUCCACAUUGGUCCAUUUUGGAAGCUGGGCAAACUUAGAGAGCUUAUUUACUAAAAUGGGAGUUGUGGUGAGUUGAUUACUGGAGUGAAAAACAAAGGCUUAAAUAUUACAGGGUUAUUCACAAAAGUGAGAAUUGAAGGUGAAUUCAAAUCGAAUUUCAAAUUUGAGGUUGUAGUAGUCAAAUCGAAGGCUGAGCUGACUUCAGUUUGGCUAUUUCGACCUUAAACUUGCGAUUCGCUUUAUCUUUUCACUUUAUUGAAACACCCUGGCAGGGGGGUAUCCAAAUAAGUGAGUAGUUUAAUUAAUUUUGUUAUUGGCAAUGUAACCUAGAUGGUUUGAUGUGCAUUUUUGUUGUUUUCAGAAAUCCUAAAAUCCAGAAUUUAAUUGCUUUGCAGGGUGUUGGGAUAUCCAUAAUAAAGGUGCCUUUCCCCUGUUAAUGCAUAUUUUUAUUUGUAUUUAUUUUUUUUAACCUGCUGUUAUGUUACAUGCACAGUAGUUAACUAUCCACAGAGCUUUACCAGUUCUGACUUAAAGCACCUCCAAUUAGCAUCACCGUAAACUGCAGAAUUCUGUACAUUCUGAGUUUAGCUCCGCUCUCUCCGUGCUCUACACAUCUAACAACAAUGCGUCUGGGGUAUGGAAGGCACGUACCACCUGGCAGUGGUGACUCCGAUGUCAUUUAGAUCCUAGGACCACCAUUUCAAAGCACCGCUGGACAUCCCGUUGUUAGUCGUGUUCAUUCUAGUGAAAAACAGGUUUUUGCUACACUGUUUUUUCUUUUAGGAACUCUGCAGUGAACUCUGAAGAGUGGAUAGAUAAUAUUGUAUUUCUUAUAAAUGUGUGCUAUGUUUUGUAAGUUAAUACAGACAUGUUUUGGGCAGGAGAGGUCAUAUUUCCAUAAUUUUGUACACAUUUUAAUCUUAAAGCUACACUAUAACGUCAGGAACAAACCUAUAUUCCUGACACUAUAGAUGUGAAACACAGUUUGGGCCCCUGGCCUCCCUUGUCUGUGUUUUACUCACCUUUUUCCAGCGCUGCAUGGGUCUCCUUGCAGCUGGCACCACCUCCUUGGCUGAGAUCAUCAAAUUUGAUGAUCUCAGACAAUCCGACGCUUUCCCAUAGGAAAGUACUGGGACUCUAACGUGCACACGCAGCAAAAUGCUGCACUGUGCCAAUCCGCAUGUCCUCAUAGAGAUAUUAAAGCAAUGUAUCUCUAUGAAGAAUGUUCAGCUUCUCCAUGCAGAUCGUGGAGACCCUGAAAGUCAGUGCUGCACAGUGUGAAAAAGGCGAGCAGUCACCACACACACUCUGCAUGGAGUAAGCUGUGUGAUUCCAGGCAGGUUCAGGCUGUGAGUCCUUGUCCGGCUCCAGGUUAUAUUUGGAAGUGACGAUGUCUCGGUAGGACAUGUGAGGGGUAUGAGGUUCUCCCUGGCUGUAUGCCAUAAAGCUAGCAUUCCUAUAUUGAAGAGCUUUGUCGACAGGCCUCUCGUUCUGUCCCUCACACUUUCAUUGCCGUCUGAGCUUGAAAUUUAUGUGAUAGUUAGACAGCAGCCAGUCCGCAGUCUUCGAAAUGCAGGGAAGAGGAAGGAUUUGGAUAAAUACCAAGAUUGGGAGAUAAGGCUAUCACGGAUUACGGCAUCUCCCUCUCCUUCGUAGCUGGACAAAUGAAUGUAAUCUAGCAAUCCGCUAAAAAAGUACUGCUACAUCAAAUAUCACAGGAAAUCCACAUUUUCAUUAUUCUAUGAUCUAUUAACAUUAUCUAGAUUACGUAAUCACACAGCUAGACCUGAAAACAGCAGUAGCUGAAAUCAAUAAGUCUGUCUGUAAAAGCUGAACGGAAAACAUGGCAGACUUGUAGAAAUAUUCCCACUUUGGCCCACAAAGUUAAUUACCAAAUAUCCAUAGUGAAUUUAACAAUAAACAAACCUGUUGGUCCACAGUAAGCACUUAUCGGGUCACUCCAAUCACCAUGACCACUUCUGCUUUUGGAAAUGGUCACAGAGAAAGGAAUCUGUAUGUGCAGCGUUUGUUUGAAACGCUGCACGUCCAGAGAUAUUUGGACUUCUAAAUUACCCCUCACCAGCACAGAGUGCAUGCAUGAAACUGUCCACUCAAAUGUGUCUUGUACAGCUAUUUGCUGGUGACCAUAAAAAGUAACCAGAUGGUCACUCCUUAUGGAGAAUGUCUGGUCUCCUCAUAAUGUAAUGGUAUAUUAUUAUUCCUUCCAAUAUCAACCUUUUACUAGUCUUUAGUAAAAUCUACAAUUAUAAUCUGUCUGACACCUACAUUCUUGGUUUUUUUUUUAAUUGAGAAAAAUAAGAGGCGUUCGGACAUUUUAAAGGUGAAUAGUGCAUGCAUUAUAUGUAGUACAAAGCUCUAAAAAAACAAAAAAAAAAAAACUUUUAAAAUGAUUUUGCAUUAUUGCUACUCAAACCUAUUGUACAGUGGAUCUUCAGAGGUUUAGCAAGUUAACCAGCAGAUGUCUUGCUCUAGGCCUGGAAAAACAAACAAAGGCUUUGGACGAAUCCCUCCACCCCCAAAGGAGAAAGAUGUUCAGAACAAAUUAUCCACUGGAUGAGCUUUGGUAUGAAACUGUGAAAGCAGAGCUGCCUAAAACAUUCUGUGAUAGGCCUGAAACGCGUUGGGUGACUCACCUUUUCACAAGUGAAGUUACCUUUGUUUUGCUUUGCCAUGAAAAUCAACACACGUGAAUGUUUAUUUUGUUCCCAAGCUGAAUCCAGAGGAUAUUUUAAUUUAAUAUUUUUUUGCACCAACUUGUCUCUUCAGUGGGAUCCAACUUAUGUGUUACUUUAUUGUUCCUUUGUUCUCAAAGUGAGCCUACACAUCUAACUCCAGGGAUAUGUGAAUCAUUUUUACUUUUCGAUUUAUGGACACUAUAUUGUGCUAUAAAGUGACUGUUUUUAAAGGGAACUUGCAUUCUAGAAUUAGACGUGGAGUCGUUUUCGCAUACUUUUUUCAGGUGUUGUGGUUAGGCUCACAUUCCUUCGUUUGUCUGCGUCUCUCAGUAGAGCAGGAUGGAAUGGUAGGUGGGGACAGCCAGUAAUUUGGUUCCGUGGUUUGACUGAAAGGUGCAGAUGCUUGUAGGCACUUGUUUCUUUCGAGACAAUGAGCAUACUCCCCUCCCUUCUCCCCCCUUGCAUACAUCUUCCAUAAGGAAAGACUCGCAAUACAUCUGGUGGAACAAUUAACUUUUUUUGCCUGUAAUUCCUUUCAGUUGUAGAUGGGCAGCGAGCCAAAAGGCUGGACUGUAACUAUGAAACAAACUUACGAGGGUUAAUGGAUCCUGCUCAGAUUCUGCCGAGAAAUGUACAUAAAAUGUGUACGAGUAGGGCAGGCAGCUUAAUAUGUGUUUAAAUAAAAUGUAACUCUGCAUCUCUUAUAAUGAGAUUUCAUUAACGUAACGUGUUUUACCAAACAUACGCGUACGUUCGGUAAAACACGUUUGUGUUUAUUCACGGAACAUUGACUUGUAGUGAAUUGGAAGACCGAAUUGCACUUUUUUUUUUCUUAAGAUUUUCAGUAUAUGGGAAAAGAGAAAGUGUACAGUUACAAAUGACGGAGAAAAUUGAAAACAUACAAUGAACAACAAACAAAAACGCUCUCGAUGGCAAAACUGUGGAACACAAUAAAAAGUAGAUAAAACUAUUCUUCUAGCCAUCGUACCAACUAAAGAAAGGUAGCAGUCUCCUUUAAGACCCAGAGCAAAUGGCAUAUUUUAGGCCAAAAUCAUUAAAGGACCACUAUAGUGCUAGGAAAACAAACUCGUCCAAACUGGUCCACCGCCCGUUAAAACCCCUUCAGCCACUUGCCUUAAUCCAGCACUGGGCUCCCUCGGCGCUGGUGAGCUCUCCUCCGACGUCUGCUCCCAAGUGGGAGCUCUGAAACUAUGUUUACAGCUGAAGGGUUAAAACCUGGGGGACCUGGCACCCAGACCACUUCAUUGAGCUGGUAUGGUCUGGGUGACACUUGUGGUCCUUUAACCCCUUAAGGACACAUAACAUGUGUGACAUGUCAUGAUUCCCUUUUAUUCCAGAAGUUAUUCCAAUAAUAAACUGCAUUGUUUUUUAGUUUUUCUAUUUAAUUGCAUUGUCUACAUAGAUGGUUAGCGAAAACUCCUAACACUAUACUGUCCCUCAGCCAUAAGGCUAUUGUCUGCCCCCGCCGCGGGGGAGGGGGGAAUUGUUUAUAAAAAUAAAAUAAAAAUUUAAACCUUUUUCUUAGCUCUUUGCAGCAGAGCCUUUUGGCUCUGGCUCCAUCUCUGCUUCCUCCGAUGUCGACAAGUUGGGAGAAACUACUGCACAUACACUGUGAGUGCCACAUGGGCAUUAGGUCUUCCCCAUAGGAAAGCAUUAAGUCUGUUCUUUCCUAUGUGGAUUUUGAAGACUGAACGUCUCAUACAGAGUGAAGAUGUCCAGUGUCAUUUCACGGAGUUAGCGCCUCUAGUGGCUGUCUGAGAGUUGGCCACUAGAGGCAGUCUUAUCCCUGUAAUAUAAAGUUUGCUAUUUCUCUGAUGCAAAAUGUUUUACUUUGCAGAGCUAAGGGGACAUAGACCGUGCACCCAGACCACUUCAAUGAGAUGAAUUGCUCUGGAUGCCUAUAGUGUCCUCAUAACUACGGUCUCAAAUAGUCUAGAACCCACUGAUUUUAGUUUAGCGUUAAUUCCGCAGCUCAUCUUGAUAGGAAGCAACUGGUGCGUUGACGUACCCUGGUAGAGUUUAUUAAUAUUAUUAUGAUAUUUUAUAGAGCGCCGUCAAAUUCCGCAGUGCUUUACAAUGGGUGGACAACCAGACAUGUAGUUGUAACCAGACAAGUUGGACACACAGGAACAGACGGGUUGAGAGCCAUGCUCAAUGAGCUUACAUGCUAGAGGGAGUGGGGUAAAAUGACACAAAAAGGUAAGGAUAGUAUUAGACUAGUGACAGUUGCAGAAGAGGAAUCAAUUGGGAGCUAUUAACAGUUUAAUUGAUACGCUUUUAUGAAGAAGUGGGUUUUUAAUGAUUUUUUGAAGGAGUGGAGACUGGGUGAGCAUCUAACAGAGGAGGGAAGCGAGUUCCACAGGAACGGUGCAGCCCUCGAGAAAUCUUGAAGGCGAGCAUCAGAGGUGGGAGUAUGGACAGAAGAUAAAUGCAAGUCUUCAGCAGAUCGCAAGGGCCUAACUAUGCAGCGAAGAAAGGAUUCGGCACAGUGCUAGCUGAGGAAUUCAGAUGCAAAGUGCAGCUAAUCUUUUGCGGAGUUCACCUGCAGACUACCUGAAAAGUCGUUUUGACAUUUAAACCUCAAUUUAAUUUGUUUGAAACCGCACCACAAAUUAUCACAAUCUGUUCGAAAUACUUUUCAAAUGAUUUAUCUGCAGACUUCACAAUUAGUCUUUGGGUAUUUUUGUAAAUUAAUCAUUUGAAAAGUUCUAAGAGAUUAUGAUCAUUUCCGAUGCUGAUCCAAACCAAUGAAAUGAAGGCCUUAAUCGGGGUGAGCUUUUACUAAGGAUCUGAUAAGUAAACCCCUGGUUUCAAUAAGUCAGUAGAAAUAUGCUAUGUGAAAGCAGGCCAUCUCCUGCAGAUUAUAAUUUUUUUUUUAAAAAUCACUUAAUCGCAUAGCAACAGAGUAUCUCCAUAAUUACCAUAAUUAUAUCUACUAAUCUUGGGGAUCUUACUGCACAAGGAGGAAACUUCUGUUUAUUUUUUUUUACAAUCCCUUUUGUACAGGCAUAGAGAUACAUUUAUGCACUUUGUUUAGUCUUUAAGUUGAAUCGUCUACAGAGGUUACAAUAUAUGCAAUAUAAGAUGCUUGAAUGCCAAGUGGCCAUUGGAUGUUCGAUAUGUGUAUAUUGUCUGAGAUUUGUUUUUUGCAAAUUGUAAAAUUUGUGUUAAUCUGUUCUCUCUCUCCCCACCAUAAGAACUUGAAUUGGAUACUUGUUCAUGGAGAAUUAUCAAAAGCACUUUUUUAUUAUCUAAUGCUAUUUAUGCUUCAUGUAUUUUGUCUGUGUCUUAAAUAGGUCCCACUUUAAACCCAGACAAAUUUGAAGUUAAUUGAUUGAGUCUGCGAUUAGGAAGGAUGUCCAUAUGGGAAGAUGUAACAGGAUUUUUUUUCCCCUUACAUGAGCGAACUAGUGCCAUGCUAUCAUGCAGUAAUUGAUGAUUAAGAAGUCUGUGUUAUGUUCUCCCUGUUACUAUCCAGAGGUAUUAACCUUCUAAUCACUGGCUUAGUCCAUUUAAACUAAUUUGUCUUUAUUUAAAUACUUAAAGUCUCUACUGAUAAUCCGUUGGUAGGUAGUGGUUAGCAGAUCCUCCGUUCUCCUGUACACACGCCAUUUAUACAGACUGACGGACAGCAUGUGAAAUGUUCUGCCCUGUAGUUUAGAAAUCAAAUGAUUAACCAGUCCAGAACCUCAAUGGCAUUCUCAGUGCGCUGCCCAUCAAUGUGAACUGUGUGUGCCCGUCCAUCUGUCCAUAGUGAUUCUGACAGCCCUAACUAUAGUCCUCUAUUUAUGGGGUGAGGAGUUAAUCUAGAUCAGGGGUUGGCAAUCUUUGGAACUCCUGAUGUUUUGCAAGAACCAUAGCUUUAAAAACAUUACAGAAGAUGUAGUCCACAACAUCUGGAGUGCCGAAGGUUUCCUACCUCUAGUACAGGCAUAAACAACCUUCAGCACUCCAGAUAUUUUGGACUACACCACCCAUGAUGCCUUGCCAGCAUUAUGGGGCAUGUAGUCCACAACAUCUGGAGUUCCCUACCCCUAGAAGCUUCAACAGACAAUUUCGAGAACCAACUUGACUUUCAUUUUAGGUAUUUGGAAGAGCUACAUUUAUUGAGAACAAUCAUGGAUUGCAAUGUUUUGGCCAACAACAGUAACACUUUAGACGAGCUAAAGUACCAUGAUAUUGAUGAUCUCUGGUGUUCAUACAGAACACAAUGUAUCAGUACAAUAACCUCUGGGGUUCUAAUUCACAAUGAUGACCCUUUGAUGAAUCCCUUUCUUGGUUCUGCCGCCCCCCGGGAUCACCAAUAUUUGGAUUUAUGACCUCUUUCACUUCCCCUGGCAAUAUGUAAGGCUUUCAUUCUGUUGGCCAUCAGCGGGGAAAUGGAAUUCAUAUGCUGCAAAUGGAAAUCAAUUAAUGCUAUAGGAAGCACCAUGACAUUAAUUUUCCUCUGCCAGCAUUUGAUAACAACUUCCUGACUGGAGACCCAUGUCAAGUGUGUGUAAUUUAUACGCAACAGGUAACAUUGGGGUCACCAGAAAUACAUAUUUAGAGUAUUCUCACUUUAUUACUCCAAUGAUUUGAGGUUUUUUUUAGUUAUUCAGAAAGAUCAUUGUUUUAAUAUAGAGUAAGUGGGAUUUUGUAAAUAAAGGCUCCCCAGUUUAUUCAAAGCAAAUUUUGAAAUUUAGAUUAAAUUAGUCAAACUGAAAACCUACUUGACUCGGAGAAUGUUUCUAAGUUGACAGUUUUGGCCUAAAAUGUGAAACGUUGAAUUCCUAAAAUUUCAUCCAUUUGUGGCACGCAGAGAUUGAGACCAAAUGCAGGGUGCCUUUCUCGCUAGAACUUGAAAACUUGGUAUUUAUGACUCUCUUACAUGACACGAAUGACCGACAAUAGAUCAUCAUUUAUGCUACGAUCUCCCAUUCCAUGUGUUGGUUUAUGAUUUGAUCUACAUUUUAAGAUUGAUUGUGCUCUGGAACGAAUUGCCAUGACUCUGUUGUGGCAGGGAAGCAAUCUACAGACGGAUAAUUGGGGUAAAGGGGUAAAAAUGUGGGUUAUCCAUCAAAAUCACUGAUCCGCUGCAAGAAUAAUUAACAAUUGAAGCUUGUCCUUCCCAAGUCAUGCCUUUACUUGAUCACAAGAUAAUGUGUGAGCUACUGUUUUGCUCUGCUUCCGAACCUCUCUUCCUGCCAAGUACAAUCACAUUUUCAGGUGCUGGUGUUUGUACUGACCUGUGCGGCAUUACAUAGCUAUGCGAUAACUUCGAGAUAUCACAUAUUUGUUGGGUUUCAGAAGCCGUACUGAUUCAAGAUGGCACCUACCGGAACCGUUUAAUCACUGUGAAAAAAAGUUCUAACAUUACUGAAAAUGGAACCAUAAAUUCAUAACAUUCCAUCGGUUUCCAUGGUGAUUGGUCCUCUCUUAGAACAUUGCCCUAGUAUUUUUUAAUUUUAUUUAAUUUUUGGCAACCCCAUUGGCUGUUGUGUUCUUAUUUUAUCACGUCAUUGUGUGCGUUCUGGUAACAAAUAUCCAUUGUCCUGCUGUUUUCAGUGUUGCCCUGGGAUAGGGAGGGGGGUGACGAAGAUGUGAGUGUCACUGUGUCUCUUUGGGCGUGGUACGGGGGUGAAUUGAUUGUGUUAGCACUGUGAUGUGGGCAGCCUGAUUACUCUCUUGGUGGCGGGUGACAGUCAUGCUGCAUUUCUGUACCAUUGCCCAGUUCUCGGCUACCCCUCAAUCCGGUCCAGUCCAACCAUUGUACAUUCAUCCACUAAUUAUUAUUGCUGUGCUAUUACGCUGUCAUAGAGGCUCUGCCAAUGUUCGCUACUCUGGAGAGGAGUUUGUGGUUAUCAGUGUGUCAUGUUAAGCAUUGCUGCUUUUUAUUCAUUUUAGCCCAGAUUUUCUCAGUUAAUAUAGAGGAGUUUUGAAUCAUAUUUUAUGAGCUAGUGAGCAGAGAAAUGUAUCUACUUGAAAUAGUUGGUAUUUAUUUGCUACAUAGAUCUGACAGGUAAGGUUACGUAAGAAAAAGGAAUGUUUGGGCUCAGUUCAAGGCUAUCAGCCUUGAAUUCUACUUAAGUGACCAUACUGCCCUUUGAGCUGUGGACUGUCAUUCUGGUGUGUGUUUUCAAAGGGACACCAUAACCACUGUAGCUUCUAGUAAUGUUUUGUGAUACUUGGAGUCUUACUGAAGUCCCUAACAUUUUGUCAAAUCUUUUUUUGUCUAGAUUGACAACAAAAAAAACAGGGUGGCAUCUAUGGCUCCCAAAAUCUGUCUCUCUGCUGCCAUUGAGAUUUGGUGUAGCUAUUGUACUUGGUUAACCAGUUAAAUCUGGAGGUCAGUGAUGGACUGUGAUUAAUAGGUGCAGCAGAGUCCAGUUAUAGCUCCGCGCUCAAAGCACAGGACACACAAACGUCCACAUUACUAAAAUGGCAGGAGAGAAGAUGGCUUUGUAGGUCAAGGAGAAUACGUGAAAAUAGUUUGACAAAAAUCCAACACGCACCAUAACUACUGCAACAAGUUCCAAUGAUUAAAGUGCUAAGAGUGUCUAUUCAUACCGUACAGAUUACGUUUUUGAUGAGAGUUCCUUUGCACAGGCAUGGCCCCUCAAUAUAUGGAAGAUGUGGUGAUUUGGUAAAAUAAAAAUAAGAUUUGGAAAAUAGCCAGCUAGUGGAUAAUGACUGUGGAAUUCUUUCACCCCCCUCCCCUUUUUCUUUUACCCAACAGCCUGUUAAAGGGCAUUCCUCCGUCUCUUCCUCUUGGUACAAAUGGAACAUGUGGAAUCACUGGGGUCAUAUUGUAUCACAGAAACAAAAUAGCCUGGCACUUUUCCAAAGGAUUGGGGGUCAGGGGGGGUGGGGGGGGUUCCGAAACCCUCAUAAACUUUGUCGUUUGUUUCUUUGCUUGAGGGGAUUUUGUUAAAUGUUAACUUUGUAAUAUUCGAAAAGUUCUGUGGGAAAAUACAUUUAUUUUAUUUCAAUUAAGUGUAUUCUGCAGAACUAGUCACCACUAAAACCAUUUUUGCUAAUUAAUUUUACUGGAACUCACGCUGCUCUUUAAUAGAGAACAUCUUACUUCUGUUCUGACAUAAACAUAGAAACAUUGAAAUUUAAAUUUUUGUAAAAGCCAUUUGACUGAUGUCAUCUGCCUAGUCUAUGUCAAAGGCCAGGCUUUAUCCUUUAUUUUUCCUGCUCUGGAUAUCGGCGUGUCUGUCCAACGCUUUUUCAAUGCUUCCUCUCUUCUGGUGUUUGCCACCUCAGCCGGAAGGCUAAUCCAUGUAUCUGCAUAUUUAUUACAUUUAUUUUGUAUUUUUUUUUUUGUGUAUCAAUGUAAUCCCACAAUUUUUUCCUCUAUUUCCUACUGUCUAACUUCAGUAAUGUACUCUUCUUGCCUAAGCUUCUUUGAUUCUGUACAAGAUGUCCCCCUCCUUCAUAACCUUGCACCAUGUAUCACCAUGUACUCUAUGUUGACACUGUAUAAUAUAGAGUAGAUGAUGGACCAUUUUGCUAGCUCAUUUUAUCCAGCGUUUUCAUGGCUCCAGAAGGUCACUAAAGGACAUAGUCUUUCACCUACAACCGUAAAUCUUGUUGUAGUCUUCGGGUAACCACUUGACCUCUCUGGCACCACCCUGCUAAUUUCCCCAAAACUACAACACAAAAAAAUCCCCUUCUCCAUUGUCUUAUUGGUAACUCGCGUUAUUUAUUAGUAAUGCACAAACACGCGCUCCCCCUCCUUUCCCUGCUAUAUAAUCUCUCCCCCACUGCUUUUCUCUGUGUGUCCCCCCCCACACCCCUGCUGCGCAUUGGGGCGAAUCUUCCCCUGCAGGGGAUUGUGGGAAUCUUUCAGUCCUCGCUCACCCCUGGAGCCAAAUAAUAAGCGGCUUCAGAAAGCGAACCCCAGGAGUCUGGCUCUGCUGGGCCUGGAACAGUAGGGGACUACUUGCCUUUAUAAAGAAGACUUGCACAAUCCCUGCUUAUUCCCUAACCCAUCACUGCAGAGGGAGGGAGAGGGGAAACCUUUCCCCCCCCACACAGAAGAAAACCGAAACACUUUUCACUUUGUGUGUGUUGUGUGGAAAUGAUGCCCCUGUUGCGUGUUUGUGUAUGUGGGGUUAUGUUGUGUUGUCCAUAUAGUAUUCCUCUCUCUCUUUCUCACAAUAGCUGUCCAGCACCUGCAGAGAAUUCACACAAUGGAUUCCCUUACAACCCUGCCUCUUGCUGCGGCCCCCUGCUGGUUUUCCAGGACCCCAGCUUUUUGCUACAAUAACUUGAGUCCGGGGACUGGCACUGGUUUUGGGCAAAUAUUUCCAAGUGUUUCCUAAUCAUCCUUUUUAACACCGGAGGAGGCAAAGACUUUAUUUUCCCCUGUGUCAAUGCGGCCCCUGCAAUUUAAUAUUUCAUUGUGUUCUUUAUUUUUUUUUUCUUUAAACUUGGAUAAAUAAGAAUGCUUUAAUGCUGUUACUACAAUCAGUGACUGCAAAUGUGCUGCUUAGCAUUGUGUCCUACAGUUCUGCAUAUUCACAUUUAUCAACAAAGCCUUUUAGUGUAUUUAUUUGUCACUCUCCUCUGGCAGUAAGUCGUCCUGCAUCUCUUGGAGAAGAAACAGCAGGUUGAUAUAAGCAGACAUGUAUAUAAUAUAAUUUAUAACUAGAUUUAAAAAAAACAAAAACCAUUUAUUGGAGAUGGUAGAUUAUUGGGGGACUAUAAGGUUAGCGAUGGUUCUGACAUUCGCUAAUUUAUUUCAAUGCCAAAUAUGGAGCACAUGAAUCAUGUAUUAUGACUGUUUAUUUUAUUAUAAAAAUGGACGGCUAACUUUAUAUUGGAGUCAUGGUUUCCUAGACUAGAUGAGGAGCCAUAGAUUAAUGCGGGCAUCACCCUAGUAUGCCACAGGGUAGCACCAGUUAUGUCUUUGGGCAAAAUCCUGACACCGUGAUUUGUAGGGGAGGUGGUGGAUGCAGCUUUAAAUGGAGACUUCAAGCAUCAAACGUAGUGCAGCUUAUUGAAUAGAAGGGUAGAGAAGUAUUUGCCUGAGAUUUAUUUAUUUUUUUCUCUCUAACUCUCUCUGGCUUCAAACCUAUAUAACGUUAAACAUUAUUAUAGUUAGUGGUACUAAUCUCUGAUAUCACAGAUUUUCAAAAACGCAAAACUAGAAUUGAUUCAGACGGCAGUAGUUACCGUAAUUGGUAUUCUGAAUGCAAGACAGUCGAUUCUUACUUCCCUUUUUUAAAAUUCCCCUUAUUCAUCACAUUCCAUAGAAAACCUUAUUUUAUUAUUUUUGUUUAGAAAGCACUUAAAUACACUACUGCUCUGUGCAGUUACUUUUUAUUUGGAGGGGGUUAGUGUUGGUGGGGGCUCACUGUUCGAAUAGUCUUCAGGCCGUUGUACUGGUAUGUUCCACCAUCAAACCUGACCGCCUGUUUCAUCGCAUUUCCUUAAUUGAUGGAUUUGACCUGGGGUGCUGUGGCAGCAGUCAGGGUUAUAGUCAUGCGUGGGAGAUGCCUAAUCUAGAAUUAUUAUUUAAAAGAGAAUUUCAAGUGUUAGACUGAAACGGAGCUGUCUUGAAGAUGUUUUCUAGUUCAUAUACCGUGGCCUACAUUUUUAAAUUCACUUUGAAUUCCCAAUAGUUUCGCUUUUAGUGACUUAACGCGGUCAGGGAUUCUGUUUGAAGUGUUCUAGUAACCUCUCGUGAUUUGGAGAAGGAAGCAGAUUAAAAUAUCUGAUGGUGAAAUUACAGGAUUUUCCUUCUUCAAACAUCAGCAAACCAAUGGUGGUGAGGUCAGCUAUAAAAAUAGAAUUCUAGAUUUUACUGAAAACCCAUACCAACGCAAUGUGGGGUUAAAAUCUCCCAAAUAAGGACCAGCUCAAACAGUUGCUGGCAUUAACCCUUCCCGCACCCACGUGUCAUUACGAGACUGGUCAAGUUUUGUCCUCCUAGGUUGAGUGGCAGGAGAUAAUCUGUGGGGGUGUCAGAUCGACCUUUUAUGCCCCCGUCCUACACAGUGUCUUUUGAUCUUUCUAAAUUUUACUACCCUGACCCACUGCGAAGAUAAUUGAUUUAAACUGAUUUUUUUUUUUAAAUAAAUUCAAAUAUGUAAUGUAUAAAAAUGUAAAAUACUUUUUCUUUAUGCUAGAAUUGACCAUGUGUUUUGGAUCCUGCAAUUAUUUAUAUAUUACCCUCUUAGUUUAGAAAGGGCAUUGAUGUUUGUACUGCAAGAUUUUCAAGUUUGUCAGCGGAGAGUUCUUGCAUUAGACCGGUUUAUGAUGUUGAUUCAAUUUUUAUAUUCAGUUUGUCAAAUGUAUGCAAUUAGCAAUAUUUUUAUAAUUAAUCAUAUGUCCUUUUUAAAAAUUCAGCUUUUUGCUUUGAAUGGGAGAUGUGCAAAGUAACAUCAAUGAGAAAGUCCUUUUCUAAUCCUUUUUAUAAUCUGAUUUACCAGGGAUGUAGUGGAUCAAAUACUUUUUUUUGCUCUGUUUAAUGCCUUGUUAGGCAUUAAACUGACACAAUUUCAGUUAUUUCAGAUUAUUAAUUGAUAGCAUGCUUGCUAACGUUAAAAGCCACAUUAAAGCCACAAAAAUAGCUUGGAUACUUUUUUUAUUUUAUUUUUUUUAUUUUUAAAACCCUUCCUGGGCCAGGAUUAGGCACAUCCUUUUUUGUGUGGUCCCAAAGUUUUUCUCAAACCAAAAACCUCCAAAACGUUUUUAUUUUUUAAAGAUUUUUUUACUUUUAACCCCUUAAGGACACAACUUCUGGAAUUAAAGGGAAUCAUGACGGAAUAUUUCCGUCGUGUGUCCUUUAAGGGGUUAAUAUUCAUCAAAGUGUUUGGCAUGAGCACGCUCCUGCGUAAAUUCUGCAGUGAUGAAAUGUUGCAGUGUUUUCGUUUGACCAAAUCCCCCUUAAAGGACCACUAUAGGCACCCAGACCACUUCAGCUUAAUGAAGUGGUCUGGGUGCCUGGUCCAGCUAGGUUUAACCCUUUUUUCUAUAAACCUAGCAGUUUCAGAGAAACUGCUAUGUUUAUAUUGGGGUUAAUCCAGCCUCUAGUGGCUGUCUCGUUGACAGCCGCUAGAGGCGCUUGCGUGCUUCUCACUGUGAUUUUCACAGUGAGAAGACGCCAGUGUCCUUAGGAAAGCAUUGUGAAUGCUUUCCUAUGAGACUGGCUGAAUGUGCACGCGGCUCUUGCCGCGCAUGCACAUUCAGCCGAGGAGGCGGAGAGUCCCCCGUCCGGCGCUGGAGAAAGAAGUAAGUUUAACCCCCUUCCACCCCCUAUAGACCGGCGGGAGGGAGACCCUGAGGGUGGGGGCACCCUCAGGGAACUAUAGUGGUCCUUUAACCCCAGUACUGCAUACUUGCUCUGUACAAACAUUUGUACUGGUGACAGAAAUCAUUUUCUUAAUAUGAUGUCACAAGCUGAGGGGGUGGGCUAUGCAUGCAUCAAAAACCUCCACUCUUUCUUCAAAAUGAUUGAAAGCAGUUUGGCCAAAACAAAACAUGCACUCCUGGUACUAAAGUAAGCGUUGUGAUGUUUGCAAUGUCCCAUUGAGACAAUGAUUACAGUAACUUGUUAAUUUGUAACACACUGACUUGUUUCUUUCAUAAUAUUUUAUGUUUUGGUUUUUUGAAUCUAAUUUUUUUUUAACACUUAUGCAACGCUGUGGAAUAUGUUGACCUCUCCAUAAUAAAAGUAAAAUGUAAAGUGUAUAAUACACUGCAUUGCUGGCAUGUGUACAUUUUCAGUAAUCAGUCUAGUGUCUGUUACUAUAUUUGAAAUUGUACAAAGAGAAAACAAUGUUUGUACUAUAACAGCUUUGUAAUAUUGUAAUGUAAUGUAUAUCUUGCACCACUCUCCUCUAACCCAGCCCCUCAAAACUGUCAAUCAGGCAGAGGGAAUAUUCUGGCCGCCAGAUAUAACUACUGUCCAACUUGUGUAUGCGUAACUGAAAAUAUACCUUACUUGGAUAAUUUGAAAAUUUUCACAUAUUUGACUUAAAAUGUUAUCUUAACUUUAAAGGACCACUAUAGUGCCCUGAGGGUGCCCCCACCCUCAGGGUCCCCCUCCCGCUGGGUUCUGGGGGGAGGAAGGGGUUAAACUUACCUCUUUCUCCAGCGCCGGGCGGGGAGCUCUCAGCCUCCUCUCCUCCUCUUCGGCUGAAUGCGCAUGCGCGGCGCGCAUUCAGCCGGUCCAUAGGAAAGCAUUCACAAUGCUUUCCUAUGGACGCUGGCGUCUUCUCACUGAGACAGCCACUAUAGGCUGGAUUAACCCAUUUAUAAACAUAGCAGUUUCUCUGAAACUGCUAUGUUUAAAGAAAAAAGGGUUAAACCUAGCUGGACCAGGCACCCAGACCACCUCAUUAAGCUGAAGUGGUCUGGGUGCCUAUAGUGGUCCUUUAAAUUCCGUUAAUUCACACUACAGUAAAUUGCCCUGGAAAUCAUCAGCAGAAUCCUAAGGAGUCACAGCUUUCCUUUGAAGUUUGGGAACUGUAUCUUUGUGUAUAAAUGAAUGAAUCAGCUCAAUCAGCAUGUGUAUCUUAACAGAUGUCCUUGUCUCUGAUCCACAUCCCUCUUUCUAAUCCCGUGCUGUGUCCAUCUUCUCUGUAGGCUCAGAAUGAGUGUAGCUCAGAGCUGCACGGCAAUAAAUCUCCCAGUAAUGUGCUUUUCAAUAACUUGCCCUUGUUCCUUUUCAGUUACAUAAAAAAUUGGUUGAUCAUAAAGCCACCCAAAAAUUCCUGAAAUAGUUCUUCCACACAGCCACUUUCCUUCAAAUAGAAGUGUCCCUCUUUUGGCCGUUUGAAUUGUUGGAAGGUAUGAUUACGCAGACGAUGCACGGUCUGAGCAGUGUCCCUUGUGUUUUAAUCUUAAUUCACCCUUGGUACAAUUAAAUGAGGUGGGAUGUAGAAACCGUAUUCUAUAAUUAGAAUUCUAAAACUGAAGAGGAGUGAUUGAAAAAUAACACAAAUCAGAUGUUUACAAACAACACUUUGAUCUCCCAGUAGAGUCUUCCUCAGAUCUCAUGUUUUCAAUGCUGGCUUGAAGCAGCCCAUUCAUUAAAUGUCAGCACCUGUUUUGUUUUUUUUUUUUGUUUGUUUUUUCCUCUCAAGCUAAAUAGUUUGACUUUGUUUUGUAUUGUUUUGUCAGAGUACUCUGCAUACAUUAAUCCAAUUUAUAUUGCCUAUGAGAAAAAAUAAAUCUAUUCUGCAGACAUUAUAAAAUGUAACGCACCAUGAAAGCUUGCUUCUUUUAGAUCCCACCACCAUUAAGAUACUGCUUUAUCUUGCAGUGCCAAUAAUUAACCCCGUGUGAUCUUCACGACUGUUUCUCUUCCCUUCCCUGUCACUGCUGGGUAGGCUUCAGGAAAACAGACUAUAAAGGGGUCAUUGUCCUCCCAAACAAUGCACAAUUGUGUGCGUGGGGGGGAGGGGGUGCUCUCCGUAAUAAGGGGGUGAAGGAAUUGGGAGUACAUGGGUAAGGGAAAUAGGUCAGUUGGAGCAUUAUUGCGUGUGUAGGGCAGCGAAGACUAACCUUGAAACCCCAGAAUUUAUGAGCUAUGAUGCUCAGUCACCCUUAAUCGCUGUGGGGGAGGGGGUUUGUUCUGUCCUCUAAAGAAGAUAGAAAAAUGCAAUACUUCUAGGGAUUCUGGUACCUUUAUGGAGUUAGUGUAGUGGUUGUAAGUUGAAUGGGUUUCUGCCCAUUGCAAGAAAUGCCUACUCUGGAGCUCCAGGUUGAACCGUAUGGAUGCGCAAGAAUGAUUAGCUUUGAAUGGAUCUUUGAGCGCAUACUUUCCAAAUUUCUGCAGUUAGUAACUCUCCCCGGUGGUUAAAAGUAUCUAAAGUAAUAACAUUGUAAAUCGUGAUUUAAUGCUUCACUGGUAUAACCUGGCAGAAGGUGUGCCUAAAGCGUGUCAGCCUGGCAAACGGCUUUACCAAACAAGUAACCGACAAUGCCAAAAAUGGACUCAUUCUCAUUCUCUCAAAGUGAGACUGGAAUCCUGAAUACGGACUGUCCUACAAGAUCCAGGACUGUUGACAGAUUUAGUGUGUGCAACUAGCCAGGGGAAAACAUACACACAUCCAAUAAAGCAAUCCGUAAUUUUACGUAACAACGGCAGAUAUUGGUCCACAGAACAAAUACCCAGUGCUGGUAUACUCCUACUGUGUUUUGAUUUAUUCGUACACACUUCUGCAAAAGUCAUGUAAACUUAUAGAUAUAGAUAAGAAAUAACAUGUCGGCCCAUUGUGAUAAGCAACAUGCAAUACAUUCGUGAAUUCCUUCACUGGAGGAUUCUUCCAUGACUCUGCUACCAUUUCCGUAACGCAGCAUUUUAUAACUGUUUGAUUACUUUUAGGGUUACAAACUCUUGUUCAACUGUGAAUAGUGAGUUAGUCACUCUAUUUGUUAGUCUGUGAUUGGCUGAAGAUAAUAGGAUAGCUUUUUAUGUGUACCCGGUCUAGUAAAGGGCAUUUGCCAAGUACAGCGUCUCUGGUUAAGUAUGCUGAUCGUACUACGUGCCUCUCUGAUUAAAGAUAUUGUUCCAAGUGACUGUGAACACUUGGGCCAUGUUGCCAAAGUUGCUCUCCUUUCUAUUGUACUGUUAAAUGCUCCUUUUUUGUGUGUAUGCAAAUGGCUAAUUGCUUCCUCUUACUUCUCAAAUGUUUUUUUUUUUAUUGGGUUUAUGAUGCACUCAUUGUACAUGAUCGUGAAGUAUGUAGGAGCUCUAUAAAUAGUAACUACCUCCAAUAGUUGUUCUUUGCUUGUAAUAUGAUAACAAAAGGAAUAUUUGUGCAGCAAGAUACUGAAAUACGGCUAGUGUUUCAAACAUUAACGAGACACUAUAGUCACCAAAACAACUUUAGCUUGGUGUAUAGAACAUGCCCCUGCAGUCUCACUGCUCAAUUCCCUGUCAUUUAGGCGUUAAAACACUUUGUUUAUACAGCCCUAGUCACACCUCCCUGCAGGUGACUUACACAUCCUUUCUAAACACUUCCUGUAAAGAGUCAUCUUAUGUUUACACUUUUUUUUAUUUGAAAUAUUGUUUAGCUUAGAAUGUCUUGUCUCCUGCUCUGUUACAGAGCAGGAGAUAAAAACCUUCAAAGUAAGUUACAUCUGAUCGAAAGUGAAACCAUUUUUUUUUUCAUGCAGCCUGUGUCAGUCACAGCCAGGGAGGUGUGGCUAGGGCUGCAUAAACCGAAACCAAAGUGAUUUAACUCCUAAAUGACAGUGAAUUGAGCAGUGAAACUUCAGAGACAUGAUCUAUACACUAAAUCUGGCUUAUUAAGCAAAAGUUGUUCUGGUCGCUAAAGUUGUCCCUUUAAACAAAUGAUCAUCCUGCGUCUAGGUGCAGUACUUUCCCUAAAUUAUUUGCGUUAUUUACUAAAGUGUGAAUUUCAAAUUAUAGGCCAAAAUAGCAGUGGAGGCCUAAAUGGAGGCUAAAUGUUGAAUUAAUUUGGAAUUCCUGACAAUUCACACUAUGGUGAACAACCGGGUAUGGUAGUUUGAAGUUCAGUUUUUAAGUGUUUAUUACUGAUGUUGCACUGAUCACUAACCAUCUUGUGUGUAAACUACAAUUCCCAAGAUGUCAGUUUAAGGUUGGCUAAGCAUCCAGGGAAAUUUUAGUCCAAUACAGACAAUAGCUCUGACGUUCUACCUGCUUGGCUAACAAACAGAAGCAAUGUCUGCUGAGCUUUAUCUUUCUGUUUUUAAUCUCGCACAGCUUUUUUGGGGUCUCGUUUCUGGCUAAUUGUUUGUAUCACCGUGCUCUGCAGUGAGUUACAUUGCUCACAGAUGUUAUCACGGGGAUCUGCCUUUAACCACAGGGCAGGGUAUGUCUGAAUACAAUGAAAUGUACUGUCUGUGUUGCCCUCUUAGAUCAUGGCAGCUCUGGUUUUAAUUGAACUUUUCCGGUUUAUUGUUUUGAUAGCUGGACUGGCAUAUAAGGGUUAGCAGUUGGUCAUGCACAUGUAAUCCCAGUGUUACGUUACCUUUAACAAUGACAAUGGUGUUAAUGUCUAAAGCAAGGUUACGUAACAAUUUUUAUAAUUGUUCUGCAGUUUUAACACCCUCUCAAAAGAGUUUAAUAGCCACUUGCUUUCUUAUUUCUUAUUGACCGGUCCCUCUGUAGCUAUCAUAUUAGUCUGAUUAGAAAAUAUAUAAAUGCAAAGCAGUUUGCCCAAGAAUUGGGAUGAGGAAACGAGGCAAAACGUAUGCUUACCAAUAAUGGGGUUUUAUUUGUUUAACCCCUUAUAGUUAUUGACUUAUGUGGAGCUGUAGCUAAACUGCGAGGAACUCCGUGUAAAAACUCUGGGAGGUUUUAUUUGCUAAAUUGUAGGCUAACGAGUGGAUUCAGAAACACUUUCCAAUUACGCUACACUCGGCUUGGAUCUUUUAUUUAUUUUUUUUGUCUAAUUUUUCAUUAGUUUGCAGUUCACUGCAAUUCACAGUUUAGUGAAAAACAAAGCGGUCUUUAGUUUAGAAGCUGUCACCUAUUAAUGAUUGAUGGCGCAGGAAAUGCAUGAUCUGUAUAAAUGUAAACUAAAUGACCUGACGUAGCGAUGAGCUAAGCGUACAUCUGGUACAGCGUGAUCGCGGACUGCUGUCUGCCCUUGACCGAUUUCUGUCUCUGAUGAAUGUCUUUUUAUUAAAUUUACCACCGUAAUAAAAUCAGUAAUAUGGUUGUCUUAUCUUUUGUCUGUCCAUGCUGCUAUAGUGACCGUUUGUAUCUUUGGUGUUUGAUGCAACACUUUACAGAUCUAUGGUUGGGGGAGUGGGUGGGGGGGAAGUAUUCAUGAAUGUGUCUAGAUGUUGUAUAAGCAACACCUUUGUAAUAUUGGGGUUUGUACACCUCUAUUUCAUACAGAGCAAUCCAGGGGUAAUACGGAGCAAUUCAUAGUCCCAUUCCAUUGGUUACAAUAAUAAUUGCUUCCUGGGAUCUUUCCCCAAAAUUUCAAUAACAGAUCUCAAUUGGAGUAUAGGGAAUCAAGAUGGUCCAAUUUAUGGUUUGUAUUGCUUUAAUUGGUGUGUUUAACAAUAUCUUCCAAGUGUCCCUUAUUUGAAAGGCAGUCCCUAUUUUUGGGCCAUAUCCUUCUGUCCUAAUGUGUCUUUUUUUUUUUUUUUUUAUUGUUGGAGCUCCACAGCAAUAAUAAUCUAGUAAUAUAUCUUUAAACUGCAAUAAAUGUAUUUAGAAAUCAGCCUGUGUAAAUAAGAUACAUUGUUUUUUGUUAUAAAUUACUUUUUUUUUUUGUAAGCUGGGAAAGACAUCUAUACGUUUCUGUGUAAUAUAGGGAGAAUUCAAAAAUACUAAAUCAUGCAAUCACCAUGGAAAAAAAAUAGUAUUUUAAGGAACAGUACUUGAUUACUCCAUGCUCUGUCCUAAUUUUCUUAAAGUGAAAGAUUUAUUACCCCCCCUACAUACACACACUUUGUUUUAAUCUGCAGAUUGUACACAACUAAUCUUAUUUUUAAUUGUUUCCAGGGUUACUAUGCAGUUCUGAGUGUUCCUGUGGACGCAAUCACUUUACCUGUGCCGUCAGUGCCUUCGGAGAGUGUACGUGUAUCCCAGCGCAGUGGCAGUGUGACGGAGACAAUGACUGUGGAGAUCACAGCGACGAAGAUGGUUGCAGUAAGUUACCCCACACAUGCGUCAAACUGUGUAGUUCAUUCAUAUAAAUACAAGGGGGAUGUGUUUCAUGGCGCCUGUAGGCUUUGCCUGGUUGUGUAGUGAGAACACGUUACUGACUGUUACAAAUACAUGUGAUUUUAUAAUGGGCAUAUCUGUGCAAAGGUUUCAGGUGUACAAAGUGUGCAUGUGUCAGUAUAUGUGUUUUACUGAAUGACCUGAUCUGUAUUGAUGUGGACUAUACAAUAUAUCUUUGUUUUUCAUUUAUUUAUUUUUUUUAGUGUUGCCUACCUGUUCCCCACUGGAUUUUCACUGCGAUAACGGAAAAUGUAUCCGUCGUUCGUGGGUGUGCGAUGGUGACAAUGAUUGCGAAGAUGACUCUGACGAACAGGACUGCCGUAAGUUUGGUAUCCUGGGUGGGUCUUUUAUGCCACAGGAUAAAUGCUGAUUCGGGUUACUACCACCCCUCGACCCAGGGAAAGCUGCUUUUUGAUUUUGGUUACACGUGCUCUUUUUACAGCGCCACGAGAAUGUGAGGAAGACGAAUUCUCAUGUCAAAAUGGUUACUGUAUCCGCAGCCUGUGGCACUGUGACGGGGACAAUGACUGUGGUGAUAACAGUGACGAGCAGUGUGGUGAGUUACUUUCAUUCAUUAUAACAGCCUGCAUGUAAUAAUGCCAACAUGCUGUUAGCACCGUCCCUAUCGUUUUAAUCGCUAAACCCAAUCCAAGCCGAUUAUUCUAACUUUUCGAUCUGUGUCCUCUCUGCAGUGUUUUUCUCUAACACCUGAAGGGGCAUUGUACUCGUGUGAUGGGUAUAGGCUAGUUAUGCCAUUUUUUAAUUUUUUUUUUGCCCUCAACCUUCAGGUUUUUAGCAUUCAUUAAUUUUGCCUUCUUAGACGACCCUUCAUGCGCAGUCUUCCCAUCGUACCUAGUUUCCAGAAGUUACACUAUUACAAAGUAAUCGAUGUUGAAGACUCCGGUCUGUCAAAUUCAAUAUUCCACACAUCUGUUCACGCUGUUAAUCUCAAAGAAAGCAAAAUACCCCAACUGUUAAGAGAUUUCUAAGUGUGCUGCAAAAAAGGGGGAAAAUUCUUCCUGAUUCCAUGACGGAUAUAUAUAUAUAUAUAUCUAUCUAUCUAUCUCAUCCACAAACUCUUCCCACUCAUAUUCAGUAUUAUAUCGUGUUCUGUUUUUUUUGGGUUUUUUUUAAAGCAGCCAGAGCUUUUUAGUACUUACAAGUACUACUGCACAGGAGUUUAAUUUUGGGGAAUUUGGAGCUCCGCUUUCAGGUUUAUGACCGGUAAUGGACAAACUACAACUCCCAUAAACCACUGUUAACGAGAUUCUCUACAGCUACACAUUAUAAUAAGCUUCAGUCAUUUCCUGGUUUGGUGAAAAUCCUGCACAGCCUGGAAUUUUACAGAGAUAAAAUAUAUAUAAAAGGUUUAUAUAUAUAUAUAUAUUGUUUUUAAUUAAUUUUAUACUUAUUGGUUUUUGGUAUUUAUGCACUCCCUAUGUAAUGCGUGAAAAUGAAUGUGUCAAAUACAGCAUUGUCUUAAAGGAUUUAUUCACUAAAACAUGAAUUAUGGUAAACUGAAAGUGGGAAGAACUCUGCGUAAAAUAAUCCAGACAAGACAGAGUGCUUAAUCACAAACCAAAUAUCUCACUAUAAAUAAAAAGGCGCUAAAAUUGCACCAUAUAGUAUUUAUAAAACUAAUAAUAAGUGUGGUAACUUGUUUUAUGCAUUUGUAAGAUGGUCACACUGCGAAUAUGGCUGUAUUGGAGAAUACCCUCCAAGUCCUCAACUUUGCCUGUAUUUUGCAGUUUGAUUUCCAACGCUCUGUAUUCACAUUUUGUGAAUUAACAAUCGGAGCAGUGAUUAUUAAGAUGUAUGUGAACUAAAGGUUGAUUCCGCAUUAUGGGAUAUGCAGUCCAUAAAACACUGCUGUUCCAAUGCUAUUUAUACUCUUAAUUUAUUUCGGUUGUGAUGGUUUUAAACUAGUUUGUAUCUACUUUAGAGACACUGAAUGCACCCAGACCAUGUCAUCUGUGUGCAGCUCUUCCUGUCUUAUGUAAAACCUUAGAAAAGAACAAGUUACCUGCGCUCUCUCCUUAAUCCCUAUGUAUAUUUAGACAAAUGGAGGUCAUUUAGUUGCUCCAAUGGCCAUUGGAGGGAAUGCCCGCCUGCCAACGUCAAGGCAAACCCCCCCUGAAACGGGUCCUACACUGACCCUUCAGCCUGCUUCCUUGAGCUUCUGGCAGAGAUAUCUCUAAUGAGACAGAGAGGGGUAUCUUUUUAUAUACACCCCUAUAUAUUGAUUAACCCUUAAUAUGGAACACAUGGGAUGGGCGGCAGCAUUUUAACACACCUGUGUGAUACAAAGUAAACACAAAUAUAAAAAGAUAAGUCCUGCGCUCACUCCCAUCACUACUGGGCUGGCAGCAAUGACUACAGUACACAUAAGCCCCAAUACAUAGUAAAAACCAAAGAAAAGAAAGUUACCUGCUUUAGGGGGGUCUGCCUUGACGUUGGCAGGCGGGCUUUGCCUCCAAUGGCCAUUGGAGCAACUAAAUGACCUCCAUUUGUCUAAAUAUACAUAGGUAUUAAGGAGAGAGCGCAGGUAACUUUUCUUUUCUUUGGUUUUUACUAUAUAUUGGGGCUGAUGUGUACUGUAGUCAUUGCUGCCGGCCCAGUAGUGAUGGGAGUGAGCGCAGGACUUAUCUUUUUGUAUUCUGUAAAACCUUGCCAUUCUGUAGGAAAUGACAGGAACAUGGCGACUAGAGGCAUUUUCAUGGUUAUAAUAGAGUUGGAACUCCAUUAUAGAUCAGUUUGAUUGGCAUGUGGCGUUUUGCUGUGCAUGCGCGAUAGUCUCCCAAUGCUACCCUGUGGGUAAGCGUUGGAUUGGCUGAGAUUGUCAACACAGAGACGGAAUAAGGAGAGCAGCUACACGUCAAGGGUUGAAAGGAAGCACGGAAAAGUUGGGCUGUGAAGAGUAUGAGAAAAAGUAAAACGUUUUUGUGAGCAGCUGUCACUUUGAUCAAAUAUAAAAACUUUUGAUAGUGAAGAUUUGAAUAAUUAAUGCUCAUGUCUUCUUGUUUCAUAUAUUUCGGAACUCCCCAGACAUGAGGAAAUGUUCAGAGAAAGAGUUUGGCUGCGCUGAUGGGAGUUGCAUUGCGGAGCACUGGUUCUGUGAUGGAGAUACGGACUGCAAGGACGGUUCUGAUGAGGAGUCCUGCCGUGAGUAAACCUACUAACUCGUAAUACAGAGUCUUAUCUGAGAUUGGAGCACAGAGAGUGGCUUUCAGUAAACACUCUGACGUCUGCUCUCCUCUUUCAGCAUUAGAGGUGUAGAGAGAUGACCAGUAGCCAUAGGUUUUUGGGGAGCAGCACAUUGUGGCCGCUAUAGGGAUUUGAAAUAAGGAAACAUAAUAAUAACCAGAGGUGUACCUAGAGCAUUUGGCACCCAGGGCGGGUCCUAUUUUUGGCACUCCCCCUCCACCUCCAACGUUAAAAUGUAAAAAACAACCACAAAAUUUAUUUAGCACUAAGCAGUGUUUAGGCUUUUAAAUGUAAGCAUGUUUUUGUAUGGAGUAUGUUUGAGUGAAUGUAGGAUGUGUGUCUGUAUGUUGUGUUGGCGUUUGAAUGCAGGCAUGCAUUUUUAUGUAGUGUGGUUUUUGAAGGCAGUGGUGUGGUUAUAUAUAAUGGUGGAGUUUGUAUGUAGUGUUGAUGUUGAAAUGUAGGGGUGUAUUUGUGUGUAGUGUUGGCGAGAUUCUGAGAUGUAUGCACAUAUACACAUACACACACCUAAAUACACCCUGACACACGUGCAGAUACAUAGACACAUAGUCACACACAGAUACAGACACACAUGGAGACACAGUGGCGACUCUAGGAACAAUAUAUACGGGGUGGGCACAUAAGAUACCACAAUCCAAACUGGGCACUAAAACUUUUCACUAGGGGAUGGGGUAAUGUGCUGCCAUUGGCUGCCUGAUGCCAGCAUGCAGUGCACAUUGGCAUCAGUCAACAAAUUUGCAUAUAAUUCACAUUAGCCACCCUGAUUUUCUUGUUCGUGGGCUAGCUGAUACCUCUUAACGUCGAUCUUUGUUUAGUAGAUAACGCCCUUAUUUGUUAUCCUUAUGUGGGAUUGCAAUAUUUAAGGACACCAAAUAUGGGAGCUAUGUACCAAACACAUACACAUUUAUAUACACACACAAUAACACAAUAGGUGUGUGUGUAUGUGUGUGUUGUACCCAGCCUCCCUACUUUGCUCUGGGAGGGCUGGAGUGGAUCCUCAGUCCCUGGUAGUCAGUGGUUGCUGCUGGUAUCUCUGUGCUCUUCAUACACACGUCCCUUGCACAUCCUGUAAUAUGACGCCGAUGCUUGGAGGAUGAUAUGUGCCGACUCCCUGCAGGGCGAAGACAGUCAGAUACAGUCAGAUGUACACAGUUACACACAUAUACUGUCAAAUACAGCCACAUGCACACCGUACCAAACACAUAGUCACGUGCACACUGUCAAACGCACAGCUGCAGGUAUACCGUAACACACAGUUACAGGCAGACAGUCACACACACACAAUUACAGGCAGACUGUAACAUAGUUACAGGCAGCACAUAGUCACACACACUCUGUGUCACAGGCAGACAGUCACACGCAGUGUCACAGGCAGACGGUCAUAGAUGCAUUCACUUUCUCUCACUUACUGGUGGAGGAGUGGAGUCAGUGAGUCCCUGGUGUGUUGGAGUUGGGGAAGCAGGGACUCCUUCCUGGUUCCCCUCAGUGUGCUGCAGUGAUAGGCAGCAAAUGGAGGCUGGCUGUAGCUCCGCCCUGCAUCUGGUUUGGCUCCGCCUCUACAGCCGAGUUGGCUCUGCCCCCAAUUCUCUGUGCAGUACUUCUGUACUGCUGAAUUCCCAGCCCCUGCGUGUGUGAGCUGUGUGGCUCCUGGCGCCCUGUGCAGCCACACAGCUCACAGAGUCACAAGCCUGGCCAGCCCUGGAGGCCCCCCCCCCUAACUGGUGGCACCCGGGGUGGACCGCCCCCCCACCCCCCCUUUAGUACGCCACUGAUAAUAACUAGUAUUUAUAUAGUGCCUUUCUCCCAGUGGGACUCAAAAUGCUUUUCAGCACACGCUCUCGGAAUUAACUAAAUUGGCAGCUGAAUAGUAAUAGUUGUCGCCGCCGCCGCCGCCCAAUUGAUGGUACUCCUUUUAUCGACCUCAGAAGGAUGAAGGGCUGACUUCCGGGAUUAGAACCUGUGAACUUUUGGACAGGCUUUGUAGUCAGGGCAUUUACCAACUUGUAGAUUGGUUUUUCAAGUUGAUUACGUUUACCUUAAAUGUGAAAUUUACUUUGAAUUUCCGAUAAUUCUCACUUUAGUAAAUGACCUGCCUUUCUUACCCAUCGUAGCCUCUGAUGUCCCAGCCCCGAGCUGCAGUGUGGAGGAGUUCCAGUGUGCUUACGGUCGCUGCAUUCUAGACAUUUACCACUGCGAUGGUGACGAUGAUUGCGGAGACUGGUCUGAUGAGUCCGAUUGCUGUAAGUACAAUUAUCACCCCUGUUCUGAGGCUCUGAUUUAAUGAGCUUUGCAAUCUCUCCUGCUUGUGACACUCUUUCUGGUAUGCUCUUUUCCCUAUCCGUAACCAAACUAUAUCGUAGCAUUACUCUCUCUUACUUUUAUUUACCUGUGCCUCACUCACCUUUGCCUCUUCUGGUUCCUCCACUUGCUUUAAUUUAGCCUCCCACCAACCCUGCCGUUCAGGAGAAUUCAUGUGCAACAGUGGCCUGUGUAUUAAUUCCGGCUGGCGCUGCGAUGGAGACUCCGACUGCGAUGACCAAUCAGACGAGAGAAAUUGCAGUGAGUGCCAUCGACAGAGGACUUUUCUGGGGUUAAAUUCUAAGCAUUUCUAAUUCACUCCAUUUUUAGAACGUUGCACUGGAAUUGCUAUAUAUAACAAACCCUUAUCAUCAAUCCUUCCCAACGCGCCUAUUAUAAUGCAAGGGCUUGUAUUUAGAUAGUUUAUGUUGAAUAAUCAUUAAUUUAGAAACCAUAUAAGAUGUAUUAAACCUACAUUUGCUGUAAAUACAUAUUAUGCUCCGGUAAUUCCAGGGUAGUGAUGUCUAAAUCUUAUCACUCCAGCGGUUUUUGAUUAACACCACCUUUGAUGCAGGUUGGCCUAACUUUAUGGAAAACUUUAAUGACUGGGGUUCUAGACUGUGCAGAUGAGCUUCUGGCUAGGCAAAGCUUUUAAUAACAAACUUAAAAUUCGAGUAGUAGCCAAAACACCUUGUAGCCUUUUAUGCUUUUGACAUGACCAGUUCCAUCUCGGAUCCUUUUUUAAGGGCUGUGUGCAGAACAAGUUACACUCAGACAUACGUAUUCACAGUUUCUGCCCGGUAAUUGAAUUGCCUUUACUUGCUUCUAACUCCUAUAAAGGAAAUAUUAGCCUAAUGUGAGGUCAUCUUGUGUUUUGUGUUCCUAGCAACCUCUGCCUGUAACUCAGACCAGUUCCGCUGCGCAUCGGGGCGCUGUGUACGACUGUCGUGGAGAUGCGAUGGGGAGGAUGACUGUUCAGAUAACAGUGACGAGAUGGGCUGUGAAAAAACCGGUGAGUGGUGAGAUGGUGUCAGAGUGUGUCAAGUGUCUGAUAGUCUGAGUGCAGGAGAGGAAACCUGAUGGGAGACAUUGAAUCGAAAUUUCAAUAGUUUAACAAUAAUUUUCACUAUCCUCUAUAAGACAAUAGAUGAAAAGUCGGGAAAUUCACAAUCUAUUGAACUGACGCCUGAUUGUGUAUAAUGACUGGGUGCGUCACGAUAUACCCCAUUGGUUACUGCCAGUCCUUGUCUCCGGUGGUUUAAUAUAUUGUGUCUGUGAAAGCCAUUACCUUUCCCUACAUGUCGCACCCUGCAGGUACCCCCCAGUGCGCUCCGGAUCAGUUUCAGUGCAGCAACGGACGUUGUAUUGGGCAAAGGAAGCUCUGUAAUGGAGUUAAUGACUGUGGGGACAGCAGUGAUGAAAGCCCGCAUCAAAACUGCAGUGAGUGUCACCGUCUCUGUGUGCCCGAAAAACUGAAUGUGGACACAGUUGGAGAUCCAUAAAUGAAAUCUUUCUUUCUCUCCGUCCUUCUUUGUUUCUCUGUACAGCGUAUUCAUCAACCUGUCUCCAGCUAUUUACUUCUAAAACUCUAUGGAAUAAUUUAGGAUGUGGAUGGUUGUUUAUUUUUUUUAUUUUAGUUUUUUUUUCGUUUAACCAAAAAGAGAAAAUUGCUGGAUUGGAAAAAUUCUCAGUCAGCAAUGGUUUUUAUUUUGUCUUCUUUAGCCAAAAUUUUAAACUCUGCUUAGAAUUUCUGAGAAUUCACAUAUCCUUUUUUUUUUUUUUUUUUUUUAAGGGUGUUACUCUGCAAUCUUGCAGCCACAGCUAGAUAUUCUGAGAAUCUUUGAUUUAUUUAUUUUUUUCCUAUACAAAAUAUAACUAUUUUAAAGUACAAAUGCCGCUACUAACAUUUAGGAACAUUCUAAGAGCUAGAGUCACAGCUUGGAUAUUUUAACCUACAUUUUUAAAGUCCGAUGUCAAUAUGCUAGAAUUCAGAGUUUCGGCAACAUAUUUAGUUUUAUGGCUACAUCUAAAAACCUUUUCUUUUAAAGUUUGUUUUCUUGUUGAUAAGAGCAGGUGAUUAAUAGUUCACAACUCUAACUGUGUAAAACGUUAUUUUAAUCUGGGAAAGGAAACCGUAUGUGCAUGACCUUUCAUUUCAUUUUCUUUUCUUUUCAUUUUUUAUUUUUUUUUCUGUCCCAUAUAGGACCUCGCACAGGAGAAGAGAAUUGUAAUCACCAGAAUGGGGGAUGUGCACAGAAGUGUCAGACUGUGCGUGGAUUGGUGCAAUGCACAUGUCAGACGGGAUACAGGUUAAUGGAGGAUGGGCGAUCUUGCCAGGGUGAGCGGCUCCAAGAUGCCAAUCUUUCAAACAUCUGGAGUUGUGUUCUAGAGCAUCAGUUCGCAUACCAGCCCUAAUUCCCUUCCAGCAGUUCUGGAUUUUAGACAUUUAUCAAUUUUGCUUCUCUUUGGAGAUUAUUAAAAUCUGAUAAGGAUGCUUAUCGAAUAAGUAGAAUAAAUACCUCUGCAACGCAAGGAUCAUUUUUGUAUUUUUUUUUUUUUUAAAUUACUCAAUUAAAAGGUGACAUUUUUUGGUUUUGACCCUUUUUUUUGGUUCAGAAGUUGUCGGCUCUACCUUUGAUGCCAAGUUAAGAAGUUGCUGAAAACUGACCCCAAUGUUGUAGAGUUGUUUAUUCUGCUUACUGGAAGUAUGGAACCGCGAGAUGGCCCCCAAUUUAGCACACAUGGAGCUGUAAUGAGUGCCUAUUCCCACAGUUAGUUAUUACCAGGUAGUUCAUGAAAUAUCACAAUAACCCUUUAACUUUGAAUUCCAUGCUAUUAUGAGCUGUGUGUGCCAAACACUCAGUACCGUGACCUCUUCUGAAGUGGAUGAAGAGUUUUACUCUAUUUUGGGAAGACGUGCUUACUGGAGAUGAAUUGUCAGACUCUCAUUCUGUUUUCCUAGAUGUGAAUGAGUGUGCGGAGGAAGGCUACUGUAGCCAGGGAUGCAGUAAUUCCGAAGGAGGCUUCCAGUGUUGGUGUGAAGCAGGAUACCAACUCCGACCAGAUAAACGCAGCUGCAAAGCACUCGGUAAAAAUAAACCGCAAGAAAUGUUUGCUGUCCCUUGUGUGUAAAUCGUGACGUUUUAGGAGGAAUUGAUGAACAGUGACUUGCUUGGUGACAAUUCAAUUGCAGUACGUCCACUUAAAAAGAGAACAUUAGGGAAACUUUAUAUGUGUAAAGGCUACGGGAAAGGCCUGUUUGUAAUUGUAAAUCUCCUAGAAAUGUGCGUUGUAAAACGGUGAUUGCCGUUAACACUUCGUCUCUCAGACCAAGAUUUGAAAUAUCGUGCAAUUUGUGAUUGGCUGAAAACACAGGCAGGGUGAUUUACUUAUUACUGAAUUGUAAAGAAUUUAAAUUCGAAGUCACGUUUAACGCUAAAAUAGUUGGUUUAUUAUUAUGAUUGAUAUUUAUAGAGCGCCAACAUUUGCAGUGCUUUACAAUCUUGUGAAAGGGGGGGAAAUUUAACAAUAAAUGAGACAAUUACAAAAUGAUACAGGAACAAUAGUUUAUGACCGCUCUCUGGCUUACUCUAGUCUCAGCUUGGCUAGAUAACCUUCGAUGUCGUCAGUAAGAUAUAUUCCAUUCAGAGUUUAAAGGAGCCUUUUAGAACGAUUUGACUUCUUGCCUGUUGUCCGCUCCCUGAGUCCACUACUUCCUAUUAAGUCCUGAAAUAUAGGGCUGGCUCAUUGGCUGUGAGUUUCAACUGAUGGCUGUCAGCCAAUGAGCUAAGUCCUGCACUGCUGGUCUUGGCUCAGAUAGAGCUUUCAUCUCCGCACAGGAGGUAGUGGAGGUGGGAGCGGCGUCCUCCAUGAUUAAUGAACGUCCAUCCUGCACCAUAUGAAUUCCACACAGUGCUGGGCAGAACUUGUCACUUACAAUCUAUCCUCUUUUAGAAAUGAUGGGAGUGUAGGGAACAUGGUGUAUUUGGGAGAACUAACUGUGUGUAACCUUAAAACAUAACAAGCAUGUCACGUAAUUCUGCCACAUGUAUAAAUCAUAUAUAAAAUAUCUACUUGUUCAUAUCAAUCAUAGCUAGCGCUCUGUCUAGCUCUGUCGCCCUCUCUGUCUAGCUCUGUCGCCCUCUCUGUCUAGCUCUGUCGCCCUCUCUGUCUAGCUCUGUCGCCCUCUCUGUCUAGCUCUGUCGCCCUCUCUGUCUAGCUCUGUCGCCCUCUCUGUCUAGCUCUGUCGCCCUCUCUAUCUCUCGCUAUCUAUAUGUUUAUAUAGGAUGAUCCUGUCAUUCUCCUGCUCGUAAUAUUUUAAUGUAAAACAGGGCCGUUUCCACCUGAACAGGCCCAGAUAGAGAACAGAAUAAUAGAAAAUGUGCUAGAAAGAGAGCAGUGUGGGUGCUACAUGAAUUACUGUAAAGAGGUCAAAGUUCUGAAAGAGAAAUGAGCCACAGUCUGUUAAUAAAGCAGGAGAGCGACGGUAAGGGAGGGAGAUGGCGAGUUUAAAGUGUUUGUGUUUCUUUUGUAUUAGUCUCUAGUGGAGAUGAGGUUUGUUUUGGCUCUCACAAUGAAUGAUGAUUGAUGGCUGUUCGCUUUGGUGACCCCUGGUCACAUCCUUGUGUCCUCUGAACGUCAGCCAAUUCUUAGUAUUGCGCAAGGGAAGAGAUGAUGAUUAAAGUCUGCAUAGUUGUAAGACACACAAUACAUUAAUAGCCAUAAAGACUUCAUUAAGAUUAUAAAAUACUUAUUUGUUUGCAAUUUCCAAAGUUUCGGCGACUGUUUACUCAAUUUAAUUUUAAUAUUUUGAUGGUCUCUAGGGCCAGAGCCAGUUCUACUUUUUGCAAACCGGAUAGAUAUACGGCAGGUCCUGCCACACCGUUCGGAGUAUACGCUUCUUCUGAAUAACCUGGAGAAUGCCAUCGCUUUGGAUUUCCACCACAGCCGUGAGCUUGUCUUCUGGUCAGAUGUUACCCUUGACCGAAUCAUGAGAGCUAACCUCAAUGGAAGCAAUGUUGAAGAGUUGGUAUCUACAGGUCUCGAGAGUCCAGGUUAGUGAAAUACAAAUGGGUGGUACUGACCAAAAUAAAGCCAAGGUAGGGAAUAGGUUUUAAAGAUGACCAUAGUUUUACUAGAGGUUCAGGACCAAAGUGGACAGUCUGUGGUUUUGUAGCUGUUGAUGGAACAUUUAGAUUUUACUUUAUUUAUUUUAUUUGACAUUUUCCUGUGAUCAGAGGUGUAGCUAGAAAUGUAAAGUUUGUAUAGUGUUUUUUUUAAAUGGAUAAAGUAAUGGUUAAAAAAAAUCCUUUAAUUUGAUAUGAAAUUAAAAAAAAAAAAAAAAGUGUACUGGACCUACUGUUCUAUAACUGCUUGACCUUCAAACAUGAAUAAAACAUUGAAUUAAAUGACUCAUCAUUUAUGGAUUCCUGGAUAACACAUUUCCCCCCCAAAAUGUUUACGGUUGCUGAUCAUUUAUUUUUUUUUGUCAGGGGGUCUCGCCAUUGACUGGAUUCAUGACAAAUUGUUCUGGACAGAUUCUGGCACUUCUCGAAUCGAAGUUUCCAAUCUGAAUGGGUCGCAUCGUAAGGUUCUUCUGUGGAACAACUUGGAAAAACCCAGAGCCAUUGCUUUGCAUCCCAUGGAGGGGUAAGUGCUAGAGAUAUAAAGUUUACACCUGGUUUUAAUUGGUUAAUCAGGGGUGUCCCACAUUGGCUAGAUUCGUAAACCUGGCCCCUUGACACCCUGGACCUGCUGGGGAGAGAGGAGGGACUGUGGCAAAUCUGUUUAGUUUUUAUGUCAGUAAAGAUGAUCGUUUUUGAAAUAUGUCUCUAACUUUUUUUUUUUUUUUCAUCCAAAUCCUAUUGUUCUUCUGUGUCAUUUAAAUUGUGGAAUAUAUAUAAUAUUGUGACGGUAGUGAACUGUAUCACCGUCAAGCAUUCCCUUCUUCCCACAAAAGAAAAUCACCAAGUAAUCCACAGGAAUAUCGCUGGUAUCGCCAAAUAAUCCACACAUGAGCCAAAGCUUAAUGCUGGAACAAGACUCCUUUUUAAUGACACACACUCUGCUUUUAUGCAAGUCCCCAUGCAAGGGGACAUCCCACAAGGUGGGACACAGUACAACCAAUCAUUUACAGGAAAACCGUAAAACACACCCAGCCCCAACAUACAAUCCCUCCCCUCUGCCUGUGAUAUAAUUACUGAACAAAAUGGGUUAAUGUAAUUUAUCACAGGCAGGAAAAAUACUAUUUUUAUACAUAUACUGUAACUUUAAAAAUAUGCAUCAUAUUCCCAUAAAACAUACAUAUUCAGAAUCAGCGUACUUUAAAUAUAAACAUAACCAAAAAUCAUACAAAGUGCCAAUUUAAAGCUGCAGAACUGCUCCAAUACAAUUUAAAGGGGCAGCAAGUCUUUUAAAAUCCAAUCUGCUAAAAUAGUCUUCACCAGGCAAUAUCUUCCAGGGGCCAUAGUCUUAAAGGGGCGUUGUUCCCAAAAGUCACAGUAUGUCCCCAGAUGGUUCUUAAAGGGCCAGCAGCAGCACAACAAAAAUCCAUUAUGCCCAAAAUUUGUAUUUAAAGGGCCAAACCUCCCAGGGACCAUAAUCACAUGGCAAGAGGCCGGCAAGCCGUCCUCUCCAGGCACAAGUGGCGAGGGUAAUUUCGCUAUAUAUAUAUAUAUACUUUUGUUGUAGAUUUAUAAUCUACACAAAGAUUUAGAAAGAUCAAUCUUUUUUACAUUCAAAGUGGCUAGCGGUUGUGCUUUUUACAUAUUGUGGCAUUUCCUUUUAAACAAUAAUAACUCUAGUUUGGUCAAAGUUUCAAAUCUAUAAAUUAUGUUUCAAUAGCACCAUCUACUGGACAGAUUGGGGUAACACACCACGUAUUGAAUAUGCCAGCAUGGAUGGGACCAAUCGCCGUGUUAUUGCUGACACACAUCUCUUCUGGCCCAAUGGACUGACCAUUGACUAUGCUGGGCGGCGCAUGUACUGGGUGGAUGCCAAGCACCAUGUCAUUGAAAGAGCAGACCUGGAUGGAUCCAACCGCAAGGCUGUGAUUAGUCAAGGUUAAAGAAAAUUAUUUUUGUUUAUUGAUUGCCAGUAGCGGGUCAUCUUUGGCAAUGCGUUUAAUGAGAAAUAACUGCUAGACUACCCGUGAUUAGCCAUCACUGAUAUAAUGGAACAGUAAGGUGGCUCUUUCUAAGUCCUAACUCUCAAAACAAUAUUGAAAAUCUGUAAAGUGGAGCUGACAAUUAUCUGGAAAUUACAUCGUGAAUAACAAUAUUGAAAAUUACCUAUAACUUAAAUUAACUUUUUUUUUUUCUUUUAAAUCUAUUUUACACUUGGCAUUUGACAUUCCAAUUUACUUCAAGUACAGAGUUGUUGGGUUUUUUCCCAUUUAAUUUUAGUUUUUGUAAUCCUCCACAAAUACAUAUGUUAAAUAAAGAGUAUAGCUAAGCAUAUUAUUAAAAAUCCUGGGAUGUGACCGUUCCCACUUAAAUAUUUUGUGCUAGUAAUGUACUUUGUUUUUGUGUCCACUGCUACAUUUUUAAUAUUCAUUUAAAGAAAGCAGAUCACCUCGCAAAAAAAAAUUAGUGUAAUUUCCAGAGGAUUGAUUGCUCCUCUUACAUAUUUCAAUAAUAAAAGCUAUAUUUCUCACUCUUUUCCAAUGCUUUUUAUUUCAGGGCUCCCACACCCAUUUGCCAUCACUGUGUUUGAAGAUAGUCUGUACUGGACUGAUUGGCACACUAAAAGCAUCAAUAGUGCCAAUAAAUUUACAGGAAAGAAUCAGGAAGUUAUCCGGAAUAAAUUACAUUUCCCCAUGGAUAUUCACACUCUGCACCCUCAGCGCCAACCUGCAGGUGAGUAGGUCAGACCUAGUCACUACGUAUGAUAGCCUAACCAUUGCCAUAUAUACAGCGCCAAGCCUGCUCCUUGGAAGAUUUCAACCCUGUUUUUUUUUUUUUUUUUCUCUUCAGGAGCUAAUCGCUGUGGAGCCAACAAUGGUGGCUGUUCUCACCUCUGUCUUCCCAGUGGAAACACUUUCACCUGUGCUUGUCCAACUGGUUUCCGAAAGACCGGUGCUCAGGCCUGUGCCAGAAGUAAGUACUGAAACAGUGGUUUGGUGGGGAUAUUGUUUGCAGAUAUAGGUUUUUCCGACAACAAGUAACUAGGAAUCCACAGCUAGAAAUGAUCAUUAAAAUCUAUUUUUUUUUUUUAUAUCCAAAUACAUACUUAUCUUAGUAUUUAUUACUGGUAUUUUUAAAGCGCCAACAGAUUCCGCAGUGCUGUACAAUUAGUGGAGAAUGUACAAUAUACACAGACAAAUACAAGAGGUAGAGAGAGCCCUGCCCAUAGGCUAAUAACUAGCCAUCGUGGUACUUUUAUACAAAGUGCUUAGCUAGAUGGCCAGUGAGCUUACAAUCUAAAGGAUACAAUGGGAAUUGGAGACAAGAGGUAGCAGGAGAAGUUUGGAGGUGAUGGCUAAAAGAGUUAACCGAGAGAAGCAGCUAUUGAUAAAAUGUAAAGGGAAUGAAUAUCUCCCUCUCAAAGUCAAAAAUGUCUGCAUACAACUUACUCAGCUCUUUGACUGAUGACCAACUGUGGCUAAAUUUGUUAAGCUCAUCCCAUUAGAAAGACCUUCUUUCCCUUGCACACCCUUCCCUCGUUUUUUGCUAUGUUUGUGCCACUUUGAACCUGAAGGAAUUAAGAUGACCUUUGACCUUCGAUCAGGUCUUGACAAGUUCCUGCUUUUUGCCCGAAGGACGGACAUCCGGAGGAUCAGCUUUGAUACAGAUGACCUGUCUGAUGAUGUUAUCCCAUUGUCUGAUGUGCGCAGUGCUGUAGCACUGGAUUGGGACUCCAACUACGACCACAUGUACUGGAGUGAUACCACCACUGACUCAAUCAGCCGGGCAAAGUGGGAUGGCAGUGGCCAGGAGGUAAGAGAAGAUGAUGGUAGUUAAAAGUUAGAGAAAUGUGAUGGGACACGGAGAAUGGUGGAAAUUAUUAUUUUGUAUUUAUUUUUUUUAGAAUAUUGAGAUUCUAUUCAAAUUAUGUAUCAUUAGAGCAAUAUAACCCAGACUCUUUGUUUUAUAGUUUUUUUUUUUUUUUUUUGGUUUUUUUUUUUUGUUUUUUUUUCUUGUAUCUUGUCAAGUUAUUUAUGUAAUGUGAAUGUGGGGGAACCACCUUACAAGCUCCAUGAAGGAAAAAAAAAAGGGAAAUGUAAAUAAAAUAUUACAAAAUCGUUGUAUAAAUUGUUCCAAGACCAAAGACUUUCUCAGCUAAGGAUGUUUAACAGAAUGUUUGUUGUAAAGAAAAUCGGUGAUACUGUUUCUAGUAGAUCCUCUAGAACAUCCUGUUCUUCCUUGGUAUUGACUUGUUAGAUUAUGAUAAUUGAAUUUACCGUAGUUUCUUUCAAAGCAGAAGUGCUCUGUUUGUUUUGGGAUUCCACUAUCCGUCUUGGGUUGUAAAUGUCACACAUUACAUUCUUAUAUGUAUUUUGUGUUCACUGUAUCCGUAGGUGGUCAUAGAAACAAGCUUAGAGAGUCCAGCUGGACUUGCCAUAGAUUGGAUCACUCACAAACUGUACUGGACAGAUGCAGGUAAUGUACUUUGCACUUGGUUCUGCUGGCUUGGUAACUCCCAUUAUCUUGAAGAAAACAACCACAUAAAGUACUCAUUACCAGUUUAAAUUCUAAAUCAUGAUUUUUCUUUCUGAUUUUGUGAUGUGAGAAAUCACUGCAUUCAGGGAAAAAAGUGAGGUAGCAAAAGCAUCCCAAAAUCCAGAAUUAACUUUUAUUUGCUGAAAAUAAUCCUCAAUGUCUUUUACUGAUCAAGGUGAAAUAUGGCCAUCUUCUCGCUGACACAUUUCAAACCGUGUUUAUGCAGAAUAUAGGACUGAUAUGGGAGUUUAUUUAGAGAGAGAGUGCUCGAAGAUGUACAAGAUGACUGUAAUUGAAAUUGUAACUUCUCUCCUACAAGGUACGGACCGAAUCGAAGUAGCAAAUACUGACGGGUCAAUGCGCAGUGUGUUGAUCUGGGAGAACCUAGACCGCCCACGGGAUAUUGUGGUGGAUCCAAUAGGAGGGUAAGUGUUUUUCUGUACUGUACAUGUAUGUUGCUUGCCUAAAAUGGUUAAGUAAACAAAUUAAACUAUUUUGCCUUUGUCCCCAAAUUGGAUAUUGUCAACCUUAUUCACAAACGGAAGCUUUGGAAAUGUCCAAACCAUGCAACAUUAAAAAAUGUUUAUUAAAUCUGAUGUAAAUGAUUCAGUUUUUCAAAUGUCUGACUUGGCUAUAUAUGGAAUGUUAACUCCAAUGUAUAUAUCUUAUACCAAUAAAUUAUAACAUGAGGCUCGUAAGACCUUUAGCAUCUUACUUUGCACUUAAUUCAACCCUGUCGGCUGUGUUACAAAAUGUUUUAUUAUUCCAGAUACAUGUAUUGGACAGACUGGGGAGCAAACCCAAAGAUCGAGCGUGCAGGGAUGGAUGCCGUUGGUCGCAUGGUCAUCAUCUCCUCCAACCUAACCUGGCCAAAUGGACUAGCCAUUGACUAUGACUCAGAGAGACUUUACUGGGCUGACGCAGGAAUGAAGACCAUUGAAUCUGCACGGCUGGAUGGGUCUGACAGACAGGUGAGACUAUCAAGCACAUAUUUAUUAUCCUGAUGCAAUUAUUUAUAAAACUAGGAUAAAAGGACAAAAUCGACACUCCCUCUCGUGAUGGGGAUAAUGGAGAUGAAAAUGCAGCUUGAGAUUGUGACUAUUACAAUGGAUUGAGUUAUGAGAAAUCAAGGUGAAUUACUGUCUUCAGGAGUUUAUAAAAAGUUUUAAACUCAUGAUUUAAUAGAGGAGUCUGUUCCACUGGUCUCCAGCUAGGUGUGAGAAUGAGUGUGUUGGAUGAAUCCAAAGCCAGUGAGAGUUGAAGUCCGUGAGUGGAUAAUAUGUGAGUAGACAAGUCCUUUUUAGACAUAAACCUCACACAAACUUUAUUUAGUAACCCAAGAACCAGUUCAACAACAGAACAAUCAUUCAAGAAAACUAAAAAUACUUUAUCUAACGUUCUCCAAGUUUUCCUUGAGCAGGACCAUAUAUCAUAGACAAGUGUAGGCUGGAAUCAUUUUCCAGUUACUGCAUGAUGCCAUUUAAUAGAACCAAGGUGUUAUCAGGUAGCCGUACAAAGUGCUUGGGAGUGCCAGGCAGAUAUCUAAUCUAAAGGAAACCCGAUUGCUCAAUGUCAUAUGUUCUUGGAGGGCUUGCAAAUUGAUUUUUAGUAUAUCACAGCAUAGUGUGUUUUUUUGGGGGGUUCAGGCAUUAAUACUGAUGUUUGUUUUCCUAUCAGUGAAUCUUAGUGUAGCAGUAGAUCACCUAAAUUUGACAGCACUACUAUAUAGAUAGAGAGCGAGAGAGAAAUACAUUAUAUUAUAUUAUCAAGUUUUAUCAGCUUUGAUUUUAGCUAUAUAUCGCAACUUGACAACACUAUAGAUAUAAAUCCUAGAUGUUGCUCAAUUCAGAUGAUGUAUAGUUAGAAUCACAGCUGCCAUGUAACCUUGACAGUGACAUUAUACAAUGUAUUGUAUCACUACAAUGCAGUUGUCAAAGUUAGGUAAUGUAUAUUUGAAGGUGCACCAUUAACAAUACACAUGGAGAAGAUUGAUGGUGUAUCUGUAAGAUCAGAGCGAUUACUGGUGCUAACAGUCAAAGCAAAGAAGUAGGAUUUGGGAACAAAGAAGGGAGGAACCUGUAGCAGAAGAGAGAAUGAUCAGAAAUUACUUUAGAGUAAAGUAAAUGUAAUUUAUGGCAAACAUAUGGUACAGAAACUAUAGAAAAAUAUGAUUAAGUUCUAAGUUUGUAUUUUGGGACCUUUUAGGUACUGAUGAAUAAUGAUCUCCCGCACCCUUUUGGUUUGACUCUGUACGGGGAUCGAAUUUACUGGACUGACUGGCAAUCAAAAAGUAUUGAGAGCGCAGACCGGAAGACUGGGCUUGGACGUAAAACUGUGCGGGAGAACCUUGAGAAUCUGAUGGACAUCCAUGUGUUCCACCGCCAUCGGGAGCAGGGUAUGUAACUCUACCAUUUAAAAAAAAAUACCUCUAUAUAAAUGUUAACCUUUACAUAGUGUGUGUUCUAAGAAACAUUAUAUCCAAUCUUCCCGCUCUGCAGUCCAGUCUGGUUGCUCCAAAAAUAACGGAGGAUGCAGCCAUAUCUGUCUUCUCUCACCUCAGCCAAAAGGUCACAGCUGUGCCUGUCCUACGGGGGUCAAUCUGCUUGGAGAUGGCCGUACCUGCUCAUCAGGUGACUUUUACCGAUCCUCUUCACAAUCUGUCAAUAUGUUUACACGUGUUUUAUCAAUGACUUCCACUGUACAGCUGCUGUCUUGAUCUAUGGACGGCUAACCUUCAUCUGCCUUUUAUAUUUCAACUGUGGCAGGUCGUUACUUUUAUAUGAGCAGGCAUUCUGGUGUUUGUUUCUUCUUAAAUGCAUUCUAACAAAAACAACUGAAUAUAGAAGGUUUGGGGGAGGGGGGGUCCCCCCUUUACAAUACAUUAAAAGUGAAUGAUUUAGAAGAAACACCAGAAUACCUGACCUAUAGAUUACUUUUAAGUCUCUUCCUUUUCAUGACUUUUACAAUUAUACAAUUAAGUUCUGGAGCAGCUUUAAUGCUCUGUGUAUCUGUGGUUCUCAUCCCUCUUGUUAAAAUUCCCUCUUCCAACCCCGGCUAUGCUUUGCGAUUUUUUUACUGAUUCUGUUUUUCCUCAUUUUCACAUAGGAAUGGACCGUUUCCUCAUCUUUGCUCGCAGGACAGACAUUCGCUCUGUCUCUCUGGAUAUCCCAUAUUUUGCAGAUGUCGUUCUCCCGGUUAAUGCUACCAUGAAGAACACAAUAGCUGUUGGUGUGGACCCACUGGAUGGUGAGCUAUGGGCAUGGGUGAGGAUGAUGAUAUUCCCUAGUAUAUCUAAUAUAUUAUAUAGUUUUGUGAUGCCUUGUAUGUAAACAUGAAUUAACUUGUGACUUUUAUGGGGGAAAUAUAAACAAAUGGAAAUAAUCGAUGUACAAAAGCAGUCUUCAUAGUGACCAUUUUUGUGACUGUCCUGUUUGCCCUGCUUUUCCUUGUUUUGUUUUUUUAGGUUUGGUGUAUUGGGCAGACAGCACACUACGGAAAAUUAGUCGAGCAGCUCUAGAUGGGUCCGAUCACCAAGACAUUAUCACCACCGGUAAUUCAACUACUUGCUGUCUUUGCGAUUGAUGGAAAUGGCACCUAAGACGAAUUUUUAUUUUUAUUUUUAUUUUUUUAUAACUAUUUUUUACAUUCCAACUUGUCUUUUGACUCUCUCAGGUUUGGUCACCACAGACGGUCUGGCAGUCGAUGCAAUCGGCCGAAAAGUAUUCUGGACAGAUACUGGGACAAAUCGAAUUGAGGUGGCAAAUUUGGAUGGCUCUAUGAGGAAGGUGCUUGUAUGGCAGAACUUGGGCAGCCCUCGAGCCAUUGCCCUUUACCAUGAAAUGGGGUAAGUGCCACUGCAUGUUUUCUUCUUUUUUGGUUUAGAAUUUCCCAACAUUUAUGAUCUGUGAUUGCAAGCAGAAGAAGAAUGGUCCAGCAUUUUCCAAAAAUAACGUAGUGUUUUUUUUUUUUAUUGCAUAGCAGACCCCUCCCAUAGGAGAAAGCUUGAAUAAAAACCAUGUUUGUUUUUUUUGGAGAGUGGUGGACCAUUCAUUUUUAUGUAUUUUUAAAAAAAAAUUUAUUAUUGUUUUGAAUUUACUACUGGUGUGGUGAUACCGGAGCUAUAGUUUAGCAAGUGCUCGUCAUUCCAUAAACCAAAAAUAAAAUACUAUGUGGUCAAUUCUAAAUAACUAUGACUUUUGUCCUGUCUGUAGAUACAUGUAUUGGUCAGACUGGGGGGAGAAUGCAAAGCUGGAAAGAGCAGGAAUGGAUGGCUCAGGCAGAACAGUUUUGAUCAGCUUGAAUCUCGGAUGGCCAAAUGGACUGGCUGUGGACAAGGCUGGAUCUCAACUUUUGUGGGCAGAUGCACAUACUGAGGUACAUCUGAGGGGUUUAGAUGAAGGACUUGGAAAAAGAAGCAAGAAUAGAAUGGCUUUGUCACUUUUUAGGUGUUUCUGCUAAAAAAAAACAAAAAAAAAAAAAACGACCAUUCUUUUUCUUCCUCCACCUUUCAUUUCACUAUCUCAUGCUCGCUCUCUCCUGUCUCCAGAGGAUAGAGGCCUCGGACCUUAUGGGGAGAAACAGACGGAUCCUUGUGUCUCCAGUCCACCAUCCAUAUGGCCUCACUCUCCUGGAUGCCCACAUUUACUGGACUGACUGGCAGACACGCAGCAUCCAAAGGGCAGAUAAAGACACAGGGGCAAAUAUUAUUGUAGUCCGAGACAACUUGGCCGGCCUCAUGGACAUUCAAGCUGUGGACAGGACUCAUGCCCUAGGUCAGUUCCAUCUACUCUCCGUUUUUAAAUGGACUUUUCCCAGCCACAAUUUGAAAAUGAAAUAUAUUAAAGCAGGAAUAAAUAUUAAAACCUAUUUAAUCAAAAUUUAUGACAUUUUCCACAAUUUUGAAGUAUUGAUUUCUUUGUAGAUCUGAUUUUAUUUUUUACAAAGCAUGUUUUAUGUUCUCCUCUUUGUUGUAGGAUUUAACAAGUGUGGAGAGCGAAAUGGGGGCUGCUCCCAUCUGUGUCUGCCAAACCCAUCCAGUUACUCAUGUGCCUGUCCUACUGGUAUCCAGCUGAAGAGUGAUGGCCGGACGUGUGAUCCUUCUCCCGACACUUACCUCCUGUUCUCCAGUCGAGGCUCCAUUCGCAGAAUUUCACUCGACACUAAUGAUUAUACAGACGUCUAUGUUCCCAUCCAGGAGCUCAACAAUGUCAUCUCUCUGGAUUACGACAGUGUGGAUGGAAAAAUAUACUACACAGAUGUGUUCCUGGAUGUGAUCAGGUGCUUAGACAGCAUGGAAUUUCUUACACCACAAAAUAACAUGGAGAAUAAGAUUAGUCUAUUUUGUAGAGUUUUCAUUCACUCCUUGUACUCCUGGAAAAGUGAGCAGUCUACUACAAAGCUUACCAGUAUUACUUGGUGUCUCAGAAAGGGAGAAGCUAGGUGGUUUCUUUUGCCUUAAGAGUGACAUUGUAUACAAUAUAGUUUUAAACUAGCUUUUUAGGUGCCCAGCCCCCCUCCUUGUGGCGUUAAAAGGUGAUUUUUUUACUUACCGUUUCUCCAUUUCCGUGCUGGCAUAUGUUGAUAAAGUGUGCAUCUGUAAUUCUCAAAGCAACCCCACGAUUUAAAUGUUAUCUAGUUCUGUCCUAAUGGAUAUAUUGAGAACUUCUCCUAUACCCACUUUUUUCCUUAUAUGACCUUUUAAUGCACCUUAUAGUCCUCAAGUUCAGUGUCAUGAUGGCAUUCUUUUCCCCAGGAGGGCAGAUCUGAGUGGAGUGGGCAUGGAGACUGUUAUUGGUGAGGGACUGAAGACCACCGAUGGGCUGGCGGUUGACUGGGUUGCCAGAAAUUUAUAUUGGACAGACACUGGUCGGAAUACCAUAGAGGUGUCUCGGCUGGACGGACGACACCGGAAAGUGCUUAUAAAUAACAGUCUGGAUGAACCUCGUGCCAUUGCAGUAUUUCCAAGAAAGGGGUGAGCAUAGAUAUUGUUUAUAAAGCUGGUACUUUAUCUUAAAACAAACAUGAAUCUGACCACGUAUAGCUCUCAUACAUUCUCAUCUCUCUUCUGGACUUUUGUUUAUGGGCUAUUUAUCAAGAUCCUGGUGCAAUGUGCAUGUAGUUUAAUUUGAGGAACAGGAAGUAGCAUGGAGUUACUGGGUGUUGUAGUCCAAUGACCGCUAGGUGGACAGUGUGCCCAGCAUUGUCUGAUGAUCUAUACCUGCUCAUAAUUCGUUUUUCUCUUAGUGGUUCCAUUGAAAGCAGUUUAAGAGGAAUGGUAGGGUGGCAAUAUGCUUGUUUUCUGUAAGACGUGGGCAUAGUUUCUUAUGUGCAAGAACAGGGUCCGUAACCUCUUCUGAAUUGGCUUGUAUCUAUAUGUGAUUUUCUUCUUUCCUGUAAUUGUUGUUUUUCCUCAUAUGCUCACAUAAUUCUGUUCUUUUCAUCCAUUUGCUUUAGUUUUCUUUUCUGGUCAGACUGGGGUCACGUUGCGAAGAUUGAAAGGGCUCAUUUAGAUGGCUCUGACCGCAAGACUAUAAUUAACACUGAUCUGGGCUGGCCAAAUGGAUUAACUCUGGAUUAUGACACCCGCAGGUAAGUGUCCUUAACAUUGAACAGCCCAAUCGGUGACCAUUUAUUCAGGGAGUUAAAAAUAAUGAAUAACUAUAACCGUUUCUGUAUUUAAUAUGUUGGUGACCUUUCCCUAACAUACUGGUGCUUUUCAUAUUAAAAAAUUACUCCAUCAGAUUUAGUUCCCAAUCCAAAAGAUGUUUAUUGCCCCCUGAUUAGAUUAAUUAACUAGGUGGUUUGGAAGUCUAUUUUGAUAUAUUUUUUUAUUUCUCAUCAUUUAUCUAAAAGCAGGAAUUCUCACUAGAAAGUGGUUUCCACCAGUCAUCCCCCUUUGUUCCCUUUCUACGUAUCCCAUCAAAAUACAUACAAUUCUGGGAUUGAAUUUCACCAAUUUACCCCAUACAACGUCCACAAGUGCCAUGUGUUAGAAACAUAGAAACAUAGAAUGUGACGGCAGAUAAGAACCAUUCGGCCCAUCUAGUCUGCCCAAUUUUCUAAAUACUUUCAUUAGUCCCUAGUCAUAUCUUAUAGUUAGGAUAGCCUUAUGCCUAUCCCACGCAUGCUUAAACUCCUUUACUGUGUUAACCUCUACCACUUCAGCUGGAAGGCUAUUCCAUGCAUCCACUACCCUCUCAGUAAAGUAAUACUUCCUGAUAUUAUGUUUAAACCUUUGUCCCUCUAAUUUAAGACUAUGUCCUCUUGUUGUGGUAGUUUUUCUUCUUUUAAAUAUAGUCUCCUCCUUUACUGUGUUGAUUCCCUUUAUAUAUUUAAAUGUUUCUAUCAUAUCCCCCAGUCUCGUCUUUCCUCCAAGCUAUACAUGUUAAGAUCCUUUAACCUUUCCUGUUGAGGAAUUGUCUGAUUGGAUCGUUCUAUGUGGCCCUUUUCAGGAUAUUCUGGGUUGACGCACACCUGGAUCGCAUUGAACACGCUGAUCUGAACGGGAAGAUGCGCCAAGUGCUAAUCAGUCAGAUGUCUCAUCCCUUCGCUCUCACACAGGUGUGCAUACUGGGUUCAGCCUGGUCCCCUGAGAUACCCAAAUGCGGGCAGUCUUUACCCACACGUUGUGCUUUCUUGACAAUACUUUUUUUCUUGAUUGCAAAGAAGCUUUAUUGACCAGUAAUGUUUCGAGAAAUUAAUUGAAAUGAAGGAGCCACUAAUGUUUCUUCCUAAUGAGGAUGAAGAGCUGUAAAAUCAUGCAUUUUCUUUAAGAAGCAUUUGAAACUAUUCUUUCCAAACAGCAUGUUCAUUAUAUUUACUAAUAUGUCUGACAGGAAGGACGCUGGAUCUACUGGACAGACUGGCAGACAAAAUCCAUCCAGAGAGUAGAUAAAUACACUGGUCGGGACCAGGAGACUGUUUUGGGAAAUGUUGAAGGCCUGAUGGAUAUCAUUGUGGUGUCUCCUCACAGACAGACAGGUAUAGGAGGCACCGAAUAAGCUGUUCUGACCCUCUCGUUCAACACUUUUCAAUCAAUUGUAUAUCUUGGUGUUAAUCAUGUUUCUUGUUUUUGUUUCUUAAGAAAGUUGUAGUUUUUGCAUUUCAUUUAUAUUAUAUUUUUAUUCUUUGCAGAAUUCAUGUUUUCUGAUCGUAAAGUCCGUUGUCAUCAUGGUGUCUUUAUAGAACCAUACACUUAUCCAUGUUAUUCCAAAUAAGAUGUAAGAGUACAUUGAGAGCAGAAAAAAAAUAAGUAAUCGGCUUAGUUUUGUGGGCUUCAUUCAAAUUUCAUACAAGUUGAAGCUUACUUGUACCAUUACAGAGAGAAUCUAUAUCAUUUGCUUAUCUGACCAAUUCCACCCAUAAAUGCAGUCUAGGUUCCAAAUGUCAGGUAGAUCCUGUUGGAUAAGACGUGCAGGAAAUCCAGAUGUAGUUUUUUACCCCCUUUAAUUAAGAUGUGGCUGCCACCCCUCCAGGCAUAAUAAAUAAGGGUGUCUACAUUUCCUUUUGAACUUGGUGAGAUCGAAUUAGCCAAAACAGGAUGUUAGAUAGCUCAGGAAACAGACAACAGAUUAAUUUGUUUGCUCUUUGGUCAAUCACUUGUUUAUCUCACAUCAAUGUUUGUUUUGUAAGUGAGUCCUAAUUUGCUCAAAGGGUUACUCCAAGCACCUUGACAACUUCAAUGAUUCAAAUUUAUAUUUACAUUUUGAGGGGAGAACCAAGAUAAGAAGGGUUACUUUUAAAGCGCUGAUUGUUGGUUAGAGAAACCUUUUAAUCUAUUUCAAAGUGUUGACACAUCCCAUUCCAUGACCUGUAUUUAUUUCCUGCCUCUGUGUGGGAUUCCCUUCAAACCAUUAUCCUCUUUCCUAAUCCCAUCAGGUACUAAUUCGUGUGGAGUAAAUAAUGGGGGCUGCUCUCACCUCUGCUUUGCCAGAAGUUAUGACUUUGUUUGUGGCUGUCCGGAUGACGUUGAUGCUGAGACUUGCUCCCUCAGUGAGUACCCUGAAACUUUUAUUAUUGCAAAAUAUGACUCUGCUCUCUAUGUGCUUGCGUUGAGGAUAUAUCUCUCACGAACAUUUUACAUUCCUGAUGUGCUGAAAACCAGCAACUAGAAGACUUCUACCUCCAAAAUUAUACUUGUGGCGUUCCUAAAUAUUAUCACACUAAACAUAUUAGGACAUGUAAUCUUAAAUGUGACUUUAAUCAUUUGGUUUCGGGAAUGGUCCACACAGAUAAAAAUUGAUAGGAUUAGUUAAAUACAAAAAUUUUAUUUAUAUAUAUUUUAUUUAUAUAUAUGUAUUUGCUUUAUUAGCACCAGGCAUUAAUCUAUCUCUACAGGAGUGCAAGUAUUUGAAUAUUUUAUAUAUAUAUAUAUAUAUAUAUUUAUUUAUUUUUUUGUAGUGGAGGUGUAAAAGGCAUGAACAACAGAAAACAUGUCAGUAGCUUAAGCAAUAAGUCGUGCACAAAUAACAGACAUCAAGGAAUAAAUGCACUUUUUAAAAUUUUUUAUAUAUAUAUAUAUAUAUAUAUAUAUAUAUAUAUAUAUAUAUACAUACAUACAUACACAAGAACUGCGUCCUUAGUCUGGAAUGUGUCCUGCUUGUGAGGAUUGGUUUAUGGGUAGAUAGAGUAUUCUGCUGGGUAGGGUGAAACGCUCUACAGUAAGUGUAGUAAGUGGUGGUAUGGUAGGUAUGUGAAGGUCCUGUAUUUUGGGCGACAAACAUUUUGGAGUUAUGCAGGGAUUUAAAAUGUGUUCUGUGGGGGCCCUCUGCAGACGCCAUCUUGUGAGGUACUUGUCUCUGCAGCAUGGUCCCGAUAACCCUGUUGUCAGGUGGUAUCCCAGCCCCAGGUUUUUGUGUGCGGUGCCCCAUGGCUGGUGUGUGCUCAGUUGGGGGCACGGAGCCCCAGUCUGGUGCGUCCGGGUCUUCAAAGUCAUGGAGGAGUGUUUCCCAGCCAGCUAGGGCCGGUGAGUAGGAGGCCCUGGAUUGGUGCCGCUGUUUGUGCACCAUCGCAGGUUGAAAAAGUGAAAUAUAUAUUUUAAUUACAGCACUACCAUAUUUUUACACACUUAAAGGGACACUGUUGGUACUGUAACUACUUAAUCUUAUUGAAGUGGUUAUAGUGCCUUGGAGCCCUCUGGUGCUGUCCUUCCAUUCAUUGUUAAACCAGUUUUAAUGCUAAAACAGAGUCCCCAUCUCCUCUGUGCUGCUUAAGCUAAUGAGGAAGCAUUAGCCUGAGCAGCAUUGGGCAGCUGUGAUUGGCUGAGCAUAUCAGCUGACCGCUUUGAGCCUAUCACAGCACCUAUUGAUGGUAUGAAUUGGUAUGGCUGGAAGGAAGUGUGUAAUCUCUGUCUGAACCAUAUCUCCCUGGGGACAGGAUGUGACAGGCUGUGGGUGGCCGAGGACCCUUAUUUAGUGUUAAACCACUUAAAAAUAGUUUAACACUGAGUGAAGGAACAGCGCAAGUGUACUCCAGGCAUUAUAAUCAAUUCAAUAACAUGAAAUUCUGUUACUGUUUUUGUAUUUUUUUUAUUUUAUCCUUUUUGCACAGUAAAAAAAGAUUUUUUUCUAAUGUAUUUACACAAAAUAUGUUCAAAAUAGAUAUUUUGAAGAAGGAAAAUAAAAACAUAUACAGUUUUUAUUAAAUUAUGCAUGCUUGUGAAGAUCAGGAUAUUCAUCUCAAAUUAAACAUUUGGAAACAAUUUAAAAUGUUGACGUAAAAUCGCAUUCAUGCCAAUUUAGGGUUGGAUUUUAAAAAUACAGUCUAGAGCAAGCAUGUCAAAUUCGGGGCCCGCAAGGACCAGCCGCGAGUACAUGCCUAAUGAUCCAACCAGAGUAGGCACCUGCUCUCCCCACAUUGCAGGUGUCUACUCUGCUCAUUUACCCGGCCGAGGGAGAGGUCUCUGGCGGCAGCGAGGGAGCUCAGUGUUCCAGCUCCUCACUGCUCCCUCCCGCGCGCCGACUGAAGUGAAGUCGGGCGCCGGAAUAUGACGUCAUAUUCUGGCACCCGGCAUCACUAAACUGCGCGCGGCAGCAGUGAGGAGCAGGAAGGACCCCUGGGAGAUGCCCCACAUCAGCUCCAAAAGGUAAGGAGCAAUAAAGAAAAGUAUGUGUCUGUGUGUCAGUAUGUCACCAAGUAUGUGUGUCUGUCAGUGUGUGUGUCUGUCUGUCUGUCCCCCACAUAAACUUAAACCUUGUUUAUGUGGCCAGUGCCACACUUUGAGUUUGACAUGCUUGGUCUAGAGUGAAUUGGUGUCUGUUGAGGAACAGAAUAUAAACUAGAAAAAGCUCUAAAAUCUACCAAAUAUGACAGGCAGACAUUUACCAAACACUGAAAAACCUCUGAAUCUGCAUGUUCUGAGAUUUCAGCUAGUGUGGCGUUUGCAAAUGAGAGGAAAAAAAAAAAAAAAAAAACUUGCCUGGGGACUGUCUGAACCCCUUUUAACCAGAGAGGGGCUGGAGAAAUGUACAAUUGCUUGGUACUUUUAGUGACCCCCUGCACCAGGUCACUGCCGUUUUUAUUUAUUCAAAAAAUUUAAAAUGUAUUAUGAGAAAUCGCCAAACUAUUCAUGGCAGUAUUGGAGCACUUCCAAUCCUUUCCUACUUUGCAGAUAUUUGGAGAUAUUCAUCCCAAAGGAUUUUCUCAAAGUGUGCUACUCCAAAUUUAGCACUUCAUAAAUUACCCCAAAUAAUUUUACAUAAACAUAGUAUGCAAGACGUCUUGAGAAAAGUCCCAUAGAGGACUGAAACGUCAGCACUUUUUCUGGUGUAUAAUUGUACAAUAAAACUUCAAGAUUUAUUUACAAAGUCCUGUGAGUGCACCUUUAUAUUAUAUAUUAUUUAUUCUAUCAAAAUGUUAAUAUUAAUGUUGAUUGGCCAUAUGUCAAAGGAGCUACAAUAUUCAUGCUAAUCAUCUCUAACAAAUCCUUAUGACAAAGUCCAUUUCCAACCAGGAGAUAGAAUGUCAAAUGAGAACAGAGAAUGUUAUUUUAAAGAAAAAAAGGUGAAACACUCUGCUCAAGACCCCAAUAUUUUGGCUAGAUUUAUUUUAUCGAUAGAGUACGUAGGAGUAGUUAUUUAUACACCAAUACCAACCAUGCAUGGAGAUUGUCUGAUUUGCGAUUAGCUAGCAUCAGGGAAGUUGUAUCCUCUAUUCAGUAACACUAGCAGGGCUAUUUACUAUAGUGAGAAUUCAAAGUGAAUUUAAAAUUUAAGACCGAACUAGUUUGCAUUCAGUUUAGAUAGUCUGCCCUUGAAUUUGAAAUUAUCUUUGAAUUCAUAUUGUAAUAAAUAACAAUGUAGACGUACACAUAAUGGGAUAACUGGAACUGACCUAUUUCUCUUUCGCUGCAGUUCCUGGUUUCCUACCCUCUGCUCCUUUACCAACCAACCACAGUGAGAAGAUCUCUGGUCCCAUCAGUCCAAACACCCAAGGCGAGCGAGGGAAUGAUGGCGUUGGGGUUACUGCUGGAAGGUAUGUGUGUAGGGAAUCUCUGCCUCUAGUAUGUUUACUACAAACAGCCUACCCACAAAAGUAAAUCAGCAUGAAUUGAACCACUGACAUUAUAUCUGCCAUGCUAACAACCUAAAACAUGAGUAAUCCUGAAGGCCAUGCAUGGACUCCUUAGAGUCCCUAUCAUACCCUUGUCUUACUUAUUUGCCAACUAUUCCUGUAUUUGUAAUACUAUCUGAGAGAAGGAAUACAAUAUAAAUAGAGUGGUGUACCGCUUGUCUCCUAAAAUCAAACACACACUGCCGAUCUUGUUAAUAUCAUUAUUGCAUUUUAAAGCCUGUGCUUGUGAUGUUCAGUUGCAUAAUUGAUUCCUCCUUUUUAACAAAUAUUGAAAUUUAAGAAUAAAACAAAUUCUAGCUUUUGCCAGCAAAGGAGAGCAGUUUGGUCCACCUUAUCUCCCCAAACUUGAGAUCCUUGUUCCCAUGGUAGCAUUAGCCACAUUCUUUGUACUAUACUCCUCUCGAAUGCCUCUACCUCCUACCAAUUCAAUAUUUCAUUCUUAUUUUUAUUCUAGCUGUUCAGAUGAGGAUGGGGCCCGGGGGCUUUGUGUAUCUAACGGAGCCAUACCAGCCAGCACAGGUGAGUGCGUUUUAUAAGAGGGGGAGAAUUGCGCAGUAUGUUUGCGAAGUGUGAGUGUCCGUUAACCUAUAUAUAUUUUCUCUACAGCGGAUAGACUGCGUGUACCAUACAUAAUCGCUGGGUCACUGUCUCUUCUGUGCCUUCUCCUCCUCAUGUCCGCGUUGCUGAUAUACAGGUUAGUGAGUGACUGAAAGGGCAUUACAGCAAGACUUUAAAAACCCCAACAACUCCGAUUUAAUGAUUGCCGUUUUCUGGGGGUGAUUUUAGCUUGUUUGUUAGCUUUGUGCAUAUUAGAAUUCUUUUAACCUCAAACACACAAAGGGGGACACUGGAAGUACCUGAACAUUGAUAUUUUUAGUGUCUGUCAGUUAAGUGGUUAUACUAAUGUUAAAUGGUUCUAUGGGGAAAAAAUUUUAUUUAUUAAAAAACAAAAACAAAAAAAAUGGGUUGCCUGAGAUCGUAAGGACUUCUUGUUAGAACAGCGUAAAGCAAGGAUGGGUAUUUGGCAAUAAAGUGCACUGGGAAAAAAAAAAACAAGUGGUGGGCAGAUUGUUUGGGAGUGAGUGAUCCCUGCGAGACAGGCUAAGGAUUUGAGAAUCAACAAGAGCUUUGGGGUGCUUGGCUGGGAUAGUUGGGAAGGCUGGGGGCUACAUUAAUUUGGGAACCUGGUAAGGAGAACAUAAAUGGAAAAUACGAAGUGCUUGUAAGAAAAACUAAAUUAUCUAUUUCCAAGAGUGAAGACAUUGUUUGGGAAUAAAAUAUUCUUCGAUCAGGAGUGUCUCCAGAGUGUCCAUGUCCAUGUGGUGGGCUGCAACAGGAAAAUACUUUAAUUUGAGAGUGUUUGCACUUUAGGUUAAUUUAUAAACUAUUGCAUACAUGCCAGUUUGUGAAUGUCUUCCUCUAUUUUACACUUGGUUUUUCUUUCUUUUUUUUUAAAAUGUAUUUAUUUUUUCAAUAACAGGCACCGACGUGCAAAGCUGUCAGACCCAGGACUUAGCACUUUAACCUACAGUAACCCUUCAUACCGUACAUCCACUCAGGAAGUGAAGAUAGAAGCUGUACAUAAGCCAACUACUUGCCACCUCCAGCGGCACAGAAAAGAGGUGAGCGCUGUAAGCUUGUGAAUGAUGGUUGGAAUGGCUGUGAUUGGGGCCCCCAGGUGCUGCUGCUUUAACCAGGCAGAGGUUGGGAUAACUCUGCCAAUGCCUGGUGUCUUGCCGGGUUAUAUGGGAUAAUAUCAUAAUACGCCUGUGUAGAAAUGCUACUUGCACAUAGGACCCACCUACAUAGUAUUAUUUAUUAUUAUUGGUAUUUAUGUAUCAUUUUACAAUAAUAUAAAGGGGGAAUCUAACAUCGGAUGAGACAAACUAUUACAACUUUUGGUAGAUAUAUGUGUGUUAUAGUGGUGUGUACAUUCUCAUUGACAUGAUAGAAAUUAACGAUUGCCCUACAAUUAUAUAUGGAAGGAUGUUGUGUAUAUUUGAAUGGUGAAUCUGUAUGUUGGCUUUCUAAUAUAGUGCAGCCAUUGACUGCAAAAAAAUUCAGUAGGAAAAUGUUAUUUAAAAAUGAUGAAGGUCUUUAAAGGUUUUAGGAAUUAAUUCGGAAAGUAAUCGCUGUUCCUCACUGCAAUAGAACCAAGAUAAAAUUUAACCUUCCAGUAAACCACUGUAACGAAGAAAAUGUACCUUUUUAAGCAGAUUGCUUUAGUUAGCCCCUAGAUAUAAAAUAUCAAGGAAAAAUCUUAAUCCUAAAUUUGCCAAAACGACAGAAAACUGGCUCUGGAAAAUCAGAAUUGAGUAUCAAAAAACCCCACAAAAAGUAACGUGAAGUUUUCAGGCAUUUAAAUAUGCUAUGAAAAGUCUGUUUGCAUGGCGGCCAAUGUCAUCUGAAUUGUCUUUGGCACAAAUUUAACAUUUUCAUGUCACGUUAUUUUCCCCUUGCAGCGCUCUUCUCCUUCUGAUAGUCUCUCUCCUUUCCUCUUCUGAGUACUUCUAUCACCCACAGGUAUUGGGGACUGCUGCACCCGGUGUGUGUUCUAGGUUUGCCAAACUCUUAAUUCUUUGUGGCCUGAUUCCGAGUGCUACGAACAUUUUGUUCGGCAUAGUCUCAGUGGUUCUAAUUUGCUUGCUUCUGUUUCGGUUUCCUCUUUCUCUUCAUUAACAGGAACUAUUUUAUUUUUUAUUUUUUUUAGUUUUGUUUUUUCCUCCCGUGAGUGCAAAACUAAGGCAUGAAAUAUUUCAGAAUCUUGAAUGCAAAUCUGAAAAGUCUAACCUUCUCUUUAAUCCUAUCAACCUCCUUGAAUUCAGAUUGGGUUUCUCCCAUUACACACAGCGCAUGCACAUUUAAUGUUUCUGUCCUUACUUUAUACUGUGAUUUAAUGUUUUGUUUGUACCCAUCCACAAUGUGAUAUCCUUAAGCUCUUACUCCAACUGUAGUUAUACUAUAACAGAAGGUUCCUAAUUUUAUCCCGAAUCAUUUUUAAUUGGGAAUUUAACUUUUUUUUAUUUUUAUCCUUUGACUAAAUUUAUUUAUUAAAAUGCAUAUCUGCUAUAUAAAUUGUAUGUGUUUAGAGUAUGCCAAAUAAAGACAAACUCCAGACGAUGUGUGCUUUUGUAAAAGGCAAUAUCGAACAUUAUAUUUAAGUAUUGCACUUAAUCUGCACAUUCUAUUUAAUUUACUAAUUGAAUUUAAAGAGAAGGUUAAAUCCAAGGGGAAAAAUGUCAGAACUGGAAGAAAAUUCUCUAAAUCCGCUAUACUUCCAUUUACGCUUCUUUGGCCUUCAAUGUGAAAUUCACUUUGAAUUCUCACUUUAGCAAUUAACCCUGUGUAUAUGUGUGUUUCUUUACUGAGUGUUUUAAACCAAAUGGUAAAUUUGGUAAAUUUUAAAACUCUUGGACUUUUUUUUCCCCCCUCACUAAACUGGUAAUAGGUGUUACAAUAUGAAGACAAAAUGAUGGAAUUGGAACAAAUAAUCUAACUUUGGCUAUUUUAUAUUUAUUUUAUUUUUUUGGGCAAUUUUCGUGUUUAUCAGACAACUUCUGGUUUAGUGAAUAACAUUCUUUUACAUUUUGCAGACUGUUCCUGACAGUGGAUGCACUAAAGAGAAGAUCCGUAUUUUGGAAGGUUUUGGUUUACUGUCUGGAGAGGAGAGUGAUUGGGAUGACCUCAAGCAGGUGAAGCCUUCAAGGGCGAGCAUCCUUCGGGACCAUGUGUGCAUUAAGACGGACACAGUAUCACUGCAGGCAAGCACUGCUUCUCUUGACCUGACUGAGACACAACAACUAUUACAGGAAGAACAGUCUGAGAAUGGCAGUGUCCUGCUCCCACCUACCCCUGAACGGCGCAUGUCCUUGUCGGAUACUGGCUGGAGGGGUAAUCACAUACCUUCCACGGAGAGUGAGGUGUGAAGCACUGGGGGCAUAUGGACAAUGCUUAUCACUCCUUAGUAUUCUUCAACUAAUAAAGAGGUUCUGUAUCUUGUAUAAACAAUCCGUCCUAUUUCCUUAAGACUGGAUACAACUGGACUCUGCAGAGAGCCUGUGAGAAGACACAAGAUAUGGACAGUUUUUGGGGUGGGAUAUGUAUUUGUGGACCGAAACAUGGACUCAAGUGUAAGCUAUCUCUUCCUGUUGCACCUGCCUCAGUGGAACAAAAAUAAUCUAUGAAAAUUUUGCAAAAUGAUGAGCUGGCAUGAGCCUUCACUUCGUAAUGUUCUCUCAUGUACUUGAACAUAAAAACAGGUCAGCAAUUGACCC